GGUGUACGCGCGCACCGGUGUGACUAGUGUCCGCACGGACGGUGACUGGUGUGCCUGCGUUAUUGUAUCCGUGUACGAGAGCUGAACGUGCGUGCGUGCGUAUAUUAUAUACGUGUGAACGAGUGUGUGUGUGUGUGUGUGUGUGUGUGUGUGAGUGUGUGCCUUCUGCCUCCGCCGAAAAACCCGCGUGGCUUUUUUCUCCCCGUCCCGCGAUUCAUACCCGUCGAGCUUUUUUCGCCCGUUCGGGUGCGAUGACCGCGUGAGUGACCGCGAACGUCCGAAAAACACACACGGACAUUAUGUCGUCCGGGCACGUGCUCUUCGCCGCUUCCCCAAGCUUCCGGCGGCCGCAUCUCGCCGCCGUCCUGUCUCUGUUUCUGUUGGUGCGGACGACCGCGACGGCACCGCAGACCAAGAACGUCUCCGCAGGUAUAUAAUUCAAACAAAUACGAAAAUAAUUUACCGUAACGAUUAUUUUGUUAUUAUAAUAGUGUACUAAGUACGGACAACCUGCUACGCGCCAAUAACCGGCUUUUCGACGUAAUAAUAAUUAACAAUAAUGUCUUUGGUCCCGGGGAAAAAGGGCCAAAGUCGAUUUUUCAUUGUUUCUCGAUGUGUACGAAUUACGUUUUGAACAUUAAUAAACGUUCUCCAUUUUUCUAGUAGGGCACGCUUCUUUCUCAUUGAUCAUUUCGAUGUAAAAUGUAUAACAAGUUCACAAUUGCAGGAACGUGCGUUUGGAGGGAGGGGGAUAAAUCCCUUCUAUUGGCGUUUUUUUUCCCCAUCCAGGUCGUUGACAGUUGGGUAUUGGUUUUGGUUUUAUUGAAUGCCAAACAAGUUCACUUUCGCAAGAAUUAUACAAAAAGUAUAAUGUGUGAUCGAAAAAUAAUGAUUCGUGUGUUCUUUCUGAAAUGUUUUCGUAACUCAUGAAGAAAUCCUGCGCGCGACGGGCCUGCACAGUUGUGUUUUUCAGGGAAGAAAUAUAAUUUCAGACUGGAGUAUACUUGAGUUCAACUCUGUAUUUAUUACAGUAUUUACUAUAAUUAUUACACAACCAGCACACUAAAUACACUAAUUUUGAAAAUAUACAAGAGCGACUUAUUUCGAAAAAAAAUACUUCGCACGAUGAGUGGUCCACUGUUGUAAGUGAAUAGUUGGGAAGGUAGAAUACACUAAGUUAUUUAAUUUAUAUCCGCAAACAACGAUAAAAAUUGCUAUCGAAAAACGAUUCGAAGUGAAGUUCGUUCAUACAUGUUUUGAAAGACCGUAAUAUUCACGGUUUUCUUUAAAAUUUGAUUUUAAAACUCUUAUUAAAAAAAAAAAUCUAUAUUACACUCAUUUUUUUUUUUUUUUUUUUUACUUCAUAUCUACUACGGCUUAUAAUAAAUAUCUUGUGAAAUAAUUUUCGUUUGGUCUAACACCGUUUCAUCCACAUAGUACAUACCGAUUGAAAUUAAGUUGCAAAAUUAAAAUAUCUAUUAAUAUCUCAAAAAUGACUAUGAUGUUUUAAAAAUUUGAUCGCGUCUAGAAGAAGUAAAUAUAAGUGUCCAGUCGGGUCUCUGCCAAUAUUUUUAACUGAUACACAACAAAAAACAAAAUUGAAAACAAUACAUUUCGUAAAUUGUUCUGGUUUUUUCUCAGUUUUUCUCAAUUAUUAUCAAACAAAUUCUUCUCAAAAGUACCGCCCAGAUGGCCUUUCAGAAAAAGUGCUACACUUGAUAUUUCAAAGCAAAAUUGUCGAUAGAAAUCUGUUCGCAAAAAAAAAAAUAAUAAUAAUAAACAUCAUUGUAAAACGAAAACAUGUCUCGGGUCCGUUCAUAAUCUAAAAUAAUGACAGAAAAAAUAUUACGUUGUACAAAAUUGUAUGGGAAAAAAAAUUCCAAGAAUUGACUCGAGCCCUUCUUCCCUGUGUACCAAAGUCUUACGCACUCGUAUAUUUUUAAUUGUGGGACACGCAUUUGUUGUACGCCCCUGCAGUUCUGCGUUUGGGUAGACGCUUGAUUUUUUUUUUCCCCCUUUUCAUAAUUUAUUAUUUUACGACGGACCGCAAUACGGCGCAAACGACGGCGUGUACGCUAUAAGUGCACAUAGGUACGUCGUAACGUUGUUUCGUCGUAAUCGUCUUCGUCCAUAAUAUAGUACCUAUAUAAGAGUACUCGCAGGUUGUGAGCCUCAUCAUAUUGGGCCACAGUCCGAUAAAAUACCGCGUGCGAGACGUGUUGUAAAAAGAUACAUUUUGUUAGAAUAUCUAAUUAAAGAUGAAUAAUCAGCAACUGUUUUUAGCUACAUAGAAAUAUCAGUUUAUUAACAAUACCUGUCGUAAAACUGAACAGUGCUAAUGUAAAAUUAAAGUACACGUCAAAAUUAUUGUGCAUAACUAAUAUUUUAAUAUAUUUAUAUAAUAUAUAUAACAAGAUAUGCAUUAAAUAUUAAUUAAUAGUUAAUGCCUAUCUUUAACGAUAUCAAUAUAAAUUACCUAUUAUUUCUUAUUAAUGUAUAAAUUACGAUUUAAAAAGAUCGAUCUCGAUAAAUUAUUAAUCUAGACGAUUCAAUUAUAUACCUUAUAAAACGAGUCGGGUAGCUUAUUAAUUCUCAUUAAUCUAGAUAAAAUAAGAGAUAUAAAGUGCUUAUAGUGAAAACGGGUGCGCCACUGUUGUAGGUGGAAAGUUGGGAAGAUAGGAGUCAUAGUUAUUUAAUUUAUAUCCACAAGCCGUUGCUAUACGAUAAACCAUUGCUAAUGAAAAACGAUUCGGAUUCGAUUUUUUUUAAAAUUUGAUAUUAAAAUUUUUAUAAAAAAUCUUACAUUAAACACUUUUUUUUAUUUUUAUUUUUUGUUUUCAACAAAAUACAACUUCUUUGUUAUAAUGACCUCUUGUUGAAUUUACAAGCACUUCUAUUUUGUCAAAAAAAAUUGCAAAAUUAAAAAAAUUCAAAAAUGGCUCAAAUGUUCUGAACAUUUUACUACAUCUAGAAAAGACAAACAUAAGUUAUUUGUCAAAACCUCAAGUCUCUAUGAGUACUUUUAUCUCAAUUACAACAAAAAGAACCCAAAUUGAUCAUAAUAAAAGCAUUAUUUUCGUACAUUUUCCCGUUCUUUCUACGUUUUUUUUUAUUUUGGUUUUUAUUAAUUAUUAAAAAAAUACUCUGAAAUCGAAAAAAACUACUUUCUUACUCAUCAACUACAUUAAAAAUUCAAAAAAAUGUAAAAUCAUAAAAUAGUUACGCCGUAAAUAUUUGUCUAUUUAUCCCUACGUUUUAUCCCGGUUUUACUCAACAUUUUUGAAAACCCAGGUGAAAACCGCUCAAUCAAUAAAUGACAACCUUAAAGUACUAACUAGAAAAUAAUUUCCUUUUAGAAAAAGUGCUACACUUGAUACAACGGAACGAGAUUUCUGGUAGACAUUUUGUAUACAGUAUUAAAAAAAAAUAAACAUUAUUGUUGAAACCAAUACAAAUCCUCGCUACGCUCCGAAUCCAAAAUAUACAUAACUAGAUAAAAUUCACCACUGCAGUGAUCGACUAAAUUAGGUUACACAUAGACAAAGGAGGAGGCUUGAGAUAGCUGAGAAAUCCUGAAUAUUUGUUUUGUUUUUUUUUUAAAAAACUAUAGGUUUAAAAUAUUGCAGCUUGAGCAUUGCCUUUUAUUUAUUAAAAUAAAAUCAAUAUAGAAAUAUAUACAUUGUAUACAGGUUUGCAAAAGCAAAUUGAAAUACGGAUUUUGUUGGUAAGAGAGGGAAACUAUAUGAUGAACACUGAGCUCUCCUUUUCCCCUCUAAAUAAAAAAACAAACAAAAAGAGAUUAAUUCCCACCCACGAAGUCACAUCUACUGAUGACUAUAAUAUUAUAAUAUAAUCCCGUACACAAUAAUGCCUCGGUCAUUUGUUGCAAACCAAACAACCAACCCUCGGUGAUAUUUUUCACCAUAAUUGAAAAAUAAAAAUGAAACCUAAACGACGUUGAUAAAUUUCCCUAUUUUAAUGAAAGUGUCUAACAAUAAUGUGUGUGUGUGUGUUUGCAUCAUUGAAGUUCGAUUAAAGCUCACUAGACUAUGUGAUAGCAAAUAAUCAUAAUACAAACUCGUAAACUCCAACGAUAGACAGUCAUUAAAAAACAAAACAAAAGGUUACCGGUAAAUUUUUUUUUUUUAAAUUAUUUAUACGUACGUAUACGUUUUUAUUAUUACAAUUGUUUCUGGCGAUUGUUUUUUUUUUUACAAUCAGUCCGACCGAUUAAAUAACGUUUGACUAUGUAUAUUUUGUGUCGAUCCGCAGUAAACAAUUUUAAAAUAUAAUAUUCUGCAUAUUAUUGAACUUGUGCUGUUACGCAUUACAUUACGAAUGAAAAUAACCAAUACUAAUAUUCACUCACAAUGAUUCGCCUUCUCAUUUACCGCUUUCCCAUAUAGUUAACGAUUAAACGCUCGAUUCGCCAUUAAAGUGUUCAAUUCAUAUUUGUAUUUUAAAAGAGUUCUUUCUAUGAAAAACCUAUACAUUCGUCAAUCUCGAAAAACAUCUAUAAUUAUUCACCAAAUCAUAAUCCAGUUGUAAUUGAUUACAAACAGCCGAAUUUGUAGCCCGAAAAUAAGAUACAACUUAACAAAAGUUAGAACGCUAAAGGUCGAUUCCCACUGGUCCGGGUACGUGACACGAAACGACACGUCCGGGUUGACUCAGAUCACGCAUUCACACUCGUCCGGGUUUACAAUUUUAUUUUAUUUACAACUUGCUAUUUUAAUUCAGUCAUGAUUGAAACAAAAACCACGUGUUUUCUCUGUGUCUAUUGUUUCAAGUAAGUACUAAAUAUAUAAUAUCAUAAGUAACAAUAAAGACCUGUGUGUCGGCGAAUCAAUUCGAUGAAGUUUUAAGUAUUCAUUGUUAAAAUAUUUGAAGUUAAAUAUUGGAGUUGUAGUUGAAUUUUUAAGUUAAACAAUUUAAAUUUAACUAACGACCGAUAGCUUUUUCGAAGUUUGUACGAAUGACGAAUGAGAAACACGGACACGACCCGGUUCAUCAUUCACACUGGUCGCGACGCGUCCGCACCGGCGAAACCCGAUCGGGAACUCGGAGAGCGAAUUGUUUAGAACAAUAUUUUUCCGACCUGAAUCCGACAUGGACACCCGGUUUGGGCCCGGUCAGGACAAGUGUGAAUUGUUAGAUACAAAACCAAUAAGAAAAUAAUUUUCUAAAACCCGGACGGACUUCGGCCCGGACGAGUGGGAAUCGACCUUAAGAUGGAUUUGUGGUUUUCCUGGCUUGGAUAGGAUUAGAAAUAAUUAUAAUAUCAUAAUCCUUAUCCAGCCUUAAGUAAUUCAAGUAAUUAAUUGCAUUUUAGAGCAUUCAGUUUGUGAUCUGUCUAUUAAAAAUAGUUUCUACAGACUUCACAAAAAAAUUAUGUAACUACAAAAUAAUCCAUCACCUGUUCAAAACCUUUAAAAAAAAAACUACUAUAUAUUGAAAGAAAACGACACGGAAAUAAGAUACUAAUUUCAAAAAUAGUAACCGACAGAGAGAGAAUAUACCUAAGGAUAAUUACAAAAUAUACGAACAUGACUCAUGGUCAAUUUUUAUAAAAACCAAAAACUUUUAUCAAACUAAUUAAAUCCGUAAAAGUUUUAAAUAGGUACUUUAUAGUUUUAAUAAAAUUCUUUGCUAUAAUAAACAACUUAAAUUAAAUUCUGCAUAACUGAAUUCGACGUUGUUAAUAAAAAAUAAAAAAAAUUAAGAGCUUGCACACACCCUGACGGAAAAUAUAGAAGGUUACGUAGGUACGCUUGCUAAAAAAAAAUCCACAAUAAACUCCGUCUCUGGGAAUUUUAUAUUAAGAACGCACAACAGUAAACAAAUCAGCCUUGCCUACCAGACGGUAAACGAGCUCGUUUUCUUUACUGGACCUAUAGGUUUUACUGUGUCAAUCUGAUAAAACGUAUUUUUUUUUCUUCUCGAGACUUUAAACGAAAAAAUAAAAUCUCUUCGAAUUGUUUAUGUCGUAUAAAUUGAUUUAAAAUGUUCAACUCCGCGUUCGAUCAAAAAUUUAGGUACCUCACUACAUUAACAACCAUAAUGUAAAUAAUCAGAUAAAUAACCGUUUGUAAAUAAUCAAUAUUUUAUACACAAUUAUUUUCAAUUUACAAUGCAGUGUAAUAGCGUCUCUUACCCGUCCACUUCUUAUUUUCCAGUUGAUUACCUAUAUUUAUUGGUCCCCUGAAGUUUAAUCACAUUCAUCCGAAACGUUGACGUAUGAAAAAUUGUAAAAUCCACGAAAUAACAAUAUAUAAAUAUCAAAAAAAGAAAUAUAAGUACCUACGUGUAUAGAUUUUAAAUACAAGUUUCCAUAUAGUUACAUUACGCAUCUACCCGUAUUUGUUAAUUAUGAUCCAACACUCAUGCAUUUAUAAAGCAUUUAUACCUAAUAUAAUUAAUAUGCAGAGCCGUUGGUAAAGUCAAACUUAAAAUAUAAUAACUAUUGUAAUAAAUAAAAGAAUAUAAUAAAUAUUUAUGAAAUUGAUUUUAAUCAUUAUUCAUAGCAUUUGUUAAAAAUAUUAUUUAACGAAAUAAAUUGCAUAACAAAUGCCUAAUACUUUACGUCUUUGUGUAAAGGUAAUUUAAUUUACUCGAAUAAUCAAACUGUAGUAUAGCUAGUGUAAUUUAUGUUAUUAAAUAUCAAUAAAUUAUACAUAGUUGUGAUCAAUAUAUAAAUCGUUUUAUACAAAUACUAAACGAAACCCGCAUUCGUCUUACAAAUACAUGACGUAUCAAAUUUGAAUUUUACGAGACAAUUUUGUGCUAUCAAUUAAUAUUAGAUAAUAUUAUAAUUAUAAUUAUAAUGAUAAUUAUUGACCUAGGCUAAUAUUUAAGAACGGGUUUUUUGUACAUAUUAACAUACAGUUAAGUAGACCCCUAGAGUAUAAGUAAAGAUCAUAGAGACCAGUAGACAACGAUUUUGUUUGUGUCUACUAGGAAAUAAAUGAUUUAUCAUGAUAAAAUGAUAAUUGAGUUAGACAUUUUUCCCGGUUUUUCCCAUUUAUAAGAAAACACCUGGGAAAAUCAAAAAAUUACCACCCUAAAACACCAUCUCAGAAAAAUUCCCUUUCAAAAAAGGUACUCACUUGAUACUUCGAAACAAGAUUCCUAGUAAAAUAAAAAUGAAAAAAUAAAAAUAAUAAUAACAAACAAAAUAAACAUCAUUGUAAACUAAUACAUUCCUCGUUUCAAUCGGAAUCUAAAAUGGUAGACGGAACGGUAAAACCCAAAACUCGAAACAACUGUGAUAAAUGGAGGAACUUAAUAGAAGCUACAAAAGGUCUCGAUAGCCUAUAAAGCAAUAAAAAAAAAAUCUAGUUUUAUACUUAUUGGGCCGGUUAUUAUUAUGCUCUACCCUAGCAAAUAUUAAAAUAACUCCCCUAUAUAAUCCACUUGAUGCAAAUGAUGCAACUGGUUAACCCUUUAUUUUACUAUGGAUCAGUCCACCUAAAACUCUGCUGGCCUAUAAUACUCUAUUACUAUUUCCCGCAUAACAUCACAUUUUUUUAAUUAAAUAACCCGAAUAAAAAUGUACGUAAGUGUUAUGUGCAUAAUAAUAUUAUUAUUAUGGUCAUUUUACGAACCAAAUCAUAAGCGAUAAGAAACGAAAUAAUUGUUGACCGUAGUAAUAAUAAUAAUAAUAAUGUAAUAGUGUUUAUUUGACCUAGUUGUCAAAAAAUAUAUUACCUACGGUUUUCUAUAAAUAUUUUUUUUUUUUUAUAAACCUUUUAAUGGAAAAUUAAUCAUAAAAUUAUAGCAGCGAUAUAACUUUAGAUGUACUUGUUGAUUAUAUAUUUAUUGAGAUUCCGUCGAGAUUUUAUAUAGAAUUUCUUUAAAACAUAAGCGAUCCGCAAAUUUCGAAUUUUAUCCUUCAAUGCAGGCUGCUAUUUUUUAUAAGUUUUUUAAUAGUGCUCGACAGGCCAUUAAAGCGUUUCGCAUGCUUUUACCGAGCUCCUCCAUCUACCCCAAUCCAUUGAAUUUCCCAUCGGUUCGUUAAAAUCUUCCAUAUUUUUCCUUAUCCUAAACCUGACCCCUGCCUAUCGGGGUCUACCCUUUAGCCGCAUUUUCUUUGGAUUUCUAACUAGGACAUAGUGUAUAAUAUAUUGUCUUCCGUCGACCCGCCAAACAUGAUGACCAGCCCACUUCAAUCGCUUUGUCCUUGGGAACAUUCUAUUAUAUAGACAACAUUUCUAGUCCAGAGUUUUUUGUCAUCUCGCGUCGUAUUCCCCAUUUUGAUUUCUAACUUAUAUUUUCCAUACAACUUUCCAUUCAAACUUAAUAAGUAAUUUGUCUGAUAUCUAUACAUGUUCAAAUUAUCUUUUUACAAAUUUAUAAAUAUAUUAAACAUACGCGUUAUAUUAGUAUACCUACCAAUAUAAUAUAAUUUAUAGAAUAUUUUCGUCAGAUCUGUUAAAAUAUGAAUAGAUUUCGUACAUUUUAAACGGUUUCAUCCGUUUACAAAGGAUAUGAAAUUGAUAAUUAUUGAUUUAAUGUCCGUUAACGCCUCCGAUAUAGUUCGUCAACACUAAUACAGCGUAUACUGAGACGAGUAGAAUAAGAAAGAAUGAAAUACGUUACUAUUGCAUAGUAGUGUAGUAUAGUAUAGGUUUGUAAGUAGGUAGGUACGCGGUAAUCCAUUUUGUUUCGUACCGGUUAUUGUAAGUGCACUGUUCGUGGUAUGCAGUUGGAAAGUGGCGACGGAGGAAGAGGCAUAAACCAUAUGGUUUAAAAAAAAAACUUUAUAUUAUCGUUUAAGUUUUAUAACUCGAAAAGAGAAUUUAAUAUUAUCAUCGAACUGUUUACAAAAAAAAAAAAAAACAAACAAACGGAUAUACAUCACACGAUGGGUGGGCCACUGUUGUAAAUGAGAAGUUGGAAAGAUUAAUGGGAAAAUGGGGGGGAAAUGUUUAAUAUAUAUCUGUACGAAACGAUUAAUCAUUACUAACGAAAAACGAUUCUGAGGGGGGUUCGGUUAUACAUGUUAAGAAAAUCCGUAAUAUUUACGAUUUUAAAUGUCGUAAAUUUUUCCGUUUUUCCUAUAUUUUUUCCAGGUUUUUUCCCAUUUAUUAUGAAAACCCCAGGGAAAAUCAAAUAUGACUUUUUGCGUUCUAAAUUAUUGCUGUAGUAUGUACAGCCAUUAGCAAUAUAAGAUAGUAUAAUACAUAAUAUACUUAAAACAAAUAUUAUUGGUUUGAAUGCCGUUAGCUCUACAUAAUACUAUAAAAUUGUUAAAAUGUAAUUUUCAAAUUUUCGCUUUCAAUUUAUACAACGAAUUUACAAACUAAUAAAUAUUAAUUUAUAUUAAGAAUGCAGUAUAUUAUAUAUAAUAUGUAUUAGGCAUUUAUUCAAUUUUUGUCUUAAAAUCACUUAAAAUAUUGAAGGGCGCAGGAAAAGAAGGAUAUCAAUCCAUUUUUUCGAUUUUAAAGUACCUAAUAGUACUAUUUAAUGGUGCUUUGAGAUUUUUAAUGCGUAUAUUAAUCGAAUGUAUUAAGUAAAGAAAGGUACCAGUCGGAUAAUAUCGAAGGUAAAAUAUUAUAUGAAUGUGGUUAGAAAAAAAGAAUUUAGUUAUAAAGAAGUUUUUUACUGCGGAACAAUUUUCAAAAAUGGACUUUUUCUUUCGUUCCUUUAAUUAUAAUCGCGUUCUAAUAAGAAUAAUAAUAAUAAAAAAAAAAAAAAUGAAUCGAAUAAAUAUACGGGGAUUUUUUAUGAUUUUUCAUACAGAAUACAAUAAGAUUACUAAGAUAUAAAAUAUUAAUUAAAAAAUGCAUUAAGUUAUAAAUAAAUAUUUUUUACAAUUUAAUGUAAAGUAAAUUCGAGUUUUUAUAAUUAGAUACAGAUUUAUUUUAACCGAUUUUGGCGUUCCUUGCACUUUUUAUUAAGUAAAAUUAUUAUUUUCAGAUAAUAUAAUAGAUUUUUGCAGAAUCCGGUCAACAUUAAUCUAUAUCAAAUAAUAUUUUUAUUUUUUAUUUUACAUAACGGGUCUUAAGUACAAGGUAUUUCACAAUUGCAAUAUCUCCUGAGAUAAUAAAAAUAAUUAAAUUAUAUUAUUUUUUCUUAUAUUAGUCAUAGACAUAAGGACUACAAAUAUAUAUAUUUUGAUUAAAUUUUUGUAUUUUAAUAAAACAAAUUUCAGCUAAUUGACUACAGAGCUUUUCGAUAAAAUCACUUUAUAAAAUUACGUACGUAUAGCCAGUGGCGCAUUUACAUGAUAAGUGGGUAACUGCUUCUCAACCUCUUCUUAAAAACUACCUUUUUAUUUUUUUGCUACUUGCAUUAACACCUAAUUGUAAUUUGUUUAUUUAACAUUAAUUGUAAAAGAUAGAUUUUGUUUUUAUCAAUGACAUAAACAAAUUGAUAACUGAAAAAUGUUAUCCGCAAUCGAAUUCUUAUCUCUCGAAAACUUGCAAUAUUACUAGAAAAUGUUUUCAUUAUAUAAGUAUUUAUUAAAGGAUCUUCCUGCUCAACUAUAAAAUCUUAGGUGACAAUAUCAUGUGUAUUUUAAAAUUACCUAGAUGUAUGUGUACUGCAUAUUUUUCUAAGUGAAAUUUUAAAGUAUAUGUUUAUCGAAAAAAAUUUGUUGUAAAAAAAAUUAUAUGCAUCACCGUCAUUUGAAAAACGAAUAGUUAACCCGAUUCGACGAUCACAAUCUGAAAAUUCUAAAAUAUAAUAUAUGAGUACCGCGCCUGUACGCUGUAUAUUAUUAUACACGUAAAUAAUAAAUAAAUUGUAAAUAAAAAUUAUAACCUGAAAACUGCUUACGGUUCCUUUAUAAUGUAUUAUUGUCACAUAAGUUUUAUAUUACAGUGUCGGAGUUUUAUAUAGUAGGUAUAUGUAAAAGAAAACUAAAUCUGUGUGAAUUCAUAGUGAACCGUAUACAUCUUAAGUGCAUUUCGGAAAAUUUUCAUUACGUUGAUUUGUCGAUCUGACGAUACGUAUACGUCGAAAUAUUUUUUUCCAUCGUAUACCUACCGUCCAUACAUCCGUUUUUAUUAUCGAUUUUAUCCGAGUUUCGAUGUAUUUUAUUGUAAGAGCGUUUUUUUUAUAUACACAUUAUAUAUAUUUUUCGCGUGAAUAGCGUCUGCUUGCCGCAGUGUAGCCGAGUUGAUAAAAUACAAUAUCAAUUUAAUUGUAUAUUAUACGGCUAUAGGUUAUUGUUUAUUAUUAUCAUAUUAUAUACAUAUACUUAUAUUAUCCGUUUUAAAAUAAUGAGAUGCGCGGUAGGUAAUAGCGAAUUCGAGUAUAUCGAGUGCGCGGCAUCCGCACAGCGACGCGGUUACGACUUGUGCUAUAGUAGAAAAGCGAUAAAACGGCAAAUUACAGCUGGGGUGGGGAAAUAAGGCAUUGGGAUCGUUUUGAGGUUUACUAUAAGGGAUAAUUUUAUUCGCGCGGUGCACAGCAAGUUCGUUUUAACUCUAAACAUAUUUCGUAAUACUAUCAUACGCGGGUCUUGUAGAAUUUUCUCGUCUCUAUAAAGCCAGUGAAACGAAGAAAAAAAUAAUGACGGUGCGCUUUACAAUUCGGUCUGUGAAACGCCGUAUAUAUUACAAUAUAUAAUACAGGUACAUUGUAUAUUAUACGAAUAUAUAAUAUAUGAACGAUAUAUUCGUAAAGCUAUACAUACAAAUAUACACGUGUGAACGUGUACGACCUAUUUGAGUAUGACUAUAUGUAAAUUUUGAAAAAAAAAACUACCUUUUUUAACAAAAAAAAAAAAAAAAACCUCGUAUAAGUAUUAGUAGUAAAACGAGAGUUCUGCGGUUAUACGUCGUAUUAUAAUAAGCACUAUAAUAUAUUAAAUGUACGAAAAUAUAUCACGUGACAAUAAUAUUACGUAUAGGUGUAAAUGCGAAACAUCGUGCGCGCAGAAAUAUUGUGUUCGACAAUCGUAAACAUUUUAAUACGCGAUAUGUAAUAUUAUUAUAAUAAAUAUUCGACCGUAUAUUAUUAUAUUACAUAUAGACAUUAUAUGGGUACGUGACUUUUAGCGUGUAACACGUGCAAUAAUAAUAUUACAACACGGGAUACGUAUUAUUGGUUUCGGGGGCGGGGGAAUGGGGCAAAAGAGAGAGAGAGAAAGAGAUAAAAAAAAAAAGUAAGUACUUAUAAGUGCGUAUAUAUAAUAUACGUGGUUUAAACCGACGCAUUCGCCUUGAGAACCCCACGGAGCAACAGCAUCAGCCGCCUUCCACUGCAGUCUAUAAUAAUGUACACACGCACUAUAUAAUAAUAUGUGAAGUACAAUAGACGAUAAUAUUAUUAUGUACAACACGGGAACAUUUGAAAGGCGCGGGGUUCGAUUUCGACUUUACCGGACGUGUUUUAAACGUAUAAAUUAUUUGUAUGUGUUGUGGCGGUUUUCAAAUAUCAAACGCCCGGGCCAAAACGUCCGUGUCCCCGACCGUGAGAGGCGUGCGGUCCGACGAACUAUACUAUAUAACACAAUAACAUUAUACACAGGUAUAUAAUGACAAUAUCGUCCGGACAAAACUCGAGGGUGGCCCGUUUGUCGCACACCAGGACGAACACGAACGUUUUAAAUAUUAUAUGGAUUUACAGGAUGUUUCACCGUGUUUUCGCGAUAUUAAAAUUGUUUAGAUUCUGACCGGAACGAUGAAUGUAUUGGUUUUACAAAGAUGUUUUUUUUUUUUUUGUACAAAAAUUCUAACAGAAAUCUUGCUCCGGAGUAUCAAGUAUUAAACAAUAAAAGAUGCAAGACAAUAUACAAUCAACGUGUAAAGCCGUGGACGGUUGAAAGUUUAAAAUUUAAUCUCGCUACUCAAUGAUAUUUUGUAUAACCUAGCAAAAAAUGUCUGAUGCGCAGCAAGAGGAACUAAUUUUCUCCCCCACAAAAUUCUAUUUUAGUUAAUCAGCGUUGAUCGUGUAGAUUAUUGUAGAUACACAAUUUUUUUUUUUUCUAUUAUUUCGUUAAGUACGGCGCUGACGAUAAAUAUUAUUUUUAUUCGCGGUAUAAUUAUAUAUUUUUAUCAUAUUAUUGCAAUGUCGUGAUUCCGUAUAGCAUAACUUAGCGAUGACGUAGUAAUAAUGUAUAUGAUAUUUUUGGUACCGCAUGCACCUUCUCUUGAUAUUAAAACGAUUAUCACUAAGAAACUAUUCAUCAAACAUAAGUAUGUACUCGUAUAAAUGUAUUAUAGAUUAUUAACAUGUUAAGAACAAUAAUAAUGGCCAUUUUGGAAAAUUUCGAAAAACGAACAACUAAAAAGUUAUCGAGUUAUCAAGCAAAGAAAAUAAAAUAUAACUUCAUUUUUCCCCGAAUAUACGUCCGCCUCGCACUAAAUCCUAUUGAAAAAAAAAAAAAAAACAUUUGCACACCCACGAAGAUAUCGCCAUCAAGGUAAUACGGUGAGACACCCUGUAUAUGUAUAUAUAUAUAUGUUACCGUUGUGGUGCCUAUAAUAUCGUAUCCCAAACAUGCAGAAGGCCGUUUACGCACGUGCGGUUAAAUGGCAGGGAGACGGACGUGGUACCCACUGUAUAUAUAUAUAUAUAUAUAUGUGUGUGUAGGUAGAUACGUGUUGUUACCUUUUAUAAUACAUAAAGGUGGUCCUUUCUACGCACGAUGCAUCCCGACAAAACCGUAAAAAUCCUAUCUGCUUGCGUUUUUAUCAUUCGGUUCUGAUCCAAUAAUUUCCGUAUAGCGUACUGCACCUAUACCUACCGUAUAUAAUAUGACAAUAAUAAUAACUAUAUAAUAUUAUAUAGGUUAUGGAAAUGGUGACGUCAUAACAACAACAAUAAUAAUAAGGUUUAGAUCGAUUUGAUCGCAUACGGUCAAAAUAUUAAUGUUCAUAUUUAACUCGCGAUAGGAGAACGGGUGGGGUAAGUCGAUAAUAACGGCCGAAUCAAAAAUAUACCGAAAUAGUCAGAGGAAAAAAUAAUGGACGGAUGAAAAAUAUGAUGGCUAUUUUUCCCAUUGCCAUUUUUGAUUUGCCCGUUGUUAUGUUCACCUACGAUCGUCGACAUAAGUUAUUACCGUCAUAAAUAAUUAUGUUCAACGCACAAUAAAUAAUAACUCGAAAUACAAUUUAAAAUAGGUGAUUGAAUAAGUACCUUAUUAUAAUAUGUAGCCACGGCGAAACAUUUCCGAUUUUUUCCACAGUCAGUUUUUCCUCCGGUAAUUUUUGUAUUUGGCCAUAUUUUCAUUCGGUCAUUUGUUCCACAGCAAUUUUUGAUUUGUACAUUACUGAAAUGUUUCACAGAAUUGUAAAAAAAAUAAUGCUUGAAACAUAGACUUCCCCGUGCUAUAAAUACAAUUUUAAAUUACAUCAAUGAAUAAAAUCCGUUAGACUGAAAAAACUCGCGCACGCAGUUCAAUAGUGCGUGUUUUUAAGUGAUAAUUAUUAAAGCUUGAUUUAUUUGACUUGUAUCUGUAUGUAAAGAUGAAUCAUUACUAAUUAAAUACGAUUCUAAGUCGAAGUUCGAUUAUAUAUUAUGUUUUGAAAUUCCGUAAUUUUUAAGAUUUUUGUUAACAUUUUAACUUAAAAGCUAAUAAAAAAACCUACUACAAAACGCUCAAUUUUUUUUAUUUUAGCACUGAGUACAACUGUCAAUUUAUAAUGAACUUCGUUUAAAAUUGCCAAACAUUCAUAUUAACCCACAAUAAUUUUAUCCACAUAAACCAUACUAAAACUAAAAAAUAUUCGAGAAUAUCAAAUGCUUAUAAAGUUAUAAAUAUUUCAAAGAUGGUCAGAAUGUUUUGAAAAUUUUACCGCAUCUAGAAAAGACUGAUAUUAUAAGUAUUUCAUAAAAUAUUUGGGUCUCGUAAGAUUUUAACCGAAUUAAAACAAAAAAAAAAAAACAAAUCGAAAAUAACGGAACAAUUAUUAUUGCCGUAAACUUUUCCUUUUUGCCUUCAUUUAGUCCCCGACUAUUUAGAGAACUAUAAAGAAAAUCGAAAGAUGACUUCCCAAUGCACUGACUAGAUCAAAAAUACAGCAAAAGAACUCUCUUGUCAUUAUUUGAUUUUUUUUUUUUUUUUUUAUUUUACAAAAAUGGUUUAUAGACAGAAAAAAUUAUAAUAAUAAAGAAAUAACCCACACCAUAGUAAAACCAAUUCAUCUUUCGCUAAACUCAAAAUCUUAAAACACUUUUAAAAGUAUCCCAUACAAGUAUUUAUAACCAACCCAUGAGGUAUGUGUAAAAAAAUUAGGAGUUUCCCGAAUUGGCCCAAAUUAUUUAAUGUCCCGAGUGCGACUGGAAUGGGGUUAAGGCUAUACGAUAACGCACUCGAGCCAUGAAACAGGUAAAAAUUAAAAACGGGACGCACUCGGGAUAUCCGCGAAAAACGAUUACGGAGGAAGAAAACCUACGACUCGACCCAGCUUUUCGCCUGUUCUGAGAGUAUUAUAUUUUAUUCCUUCGAACGGUACCUGUUUUAUGUUAUACUUUACGUGUAACACUGCGGAGCGAGAAUACGGGAUUGCACGUUUCACGAUGCGAAAAUUAAGCCUCUGGGUGGUCGUCGUUUCCUAUAUACUGUAUAAUAAUAUAUUAUGUAGCGGGCAAACGAUGAAAUGCCCCGAAUUCUUAAGUCCUCGGGUCUGAAUAUCAUUAUUCAUUUAGAUACCUAUACAUUAUAUAUAUAUACACACGAUACUAUGAUCAUCAAUUCCGGGGUGGUCCGUCGUAACAACUGCUGCUGAUAGCUGACAAACGCGAAUGACGUUUUCAGAUAUAGUUUAUAUUGUUUAAUAUCGUUUAAUGGGAAAUUCGUCGUUCCGAAGACGAACGUCUAAAUAGAAAUUCUAUGUACCUGCGCGUUUCGGAGACGACGAGGGACAGAAACACGACAAAAUUAUUAACGACCGGUUCGCCGCCGGUGCCGAGAUGAUACGAUAACCGAUCGUAUAAAAUAUAUUAUAAUAGGGUUCACUUGAAUAUUUUUUUUUUUUUUUUUAAUGAUGAUGUAUAUAAUGAUACAGCUUAACUUACGGAACCGAUUAGACAUAAACCGUAUAAAACCGAAUACUGUUUCCACAACUAUAUUGUAUACGUAGGUAUAAUGUGUAUUGCAGAUGCUAACUAACGAUAUCGACAAAACAACACUGCAGGUACGUAACGUUGUAUAAUGAUUAUUAUUCCGUGGCUACAAAAAUAUAUCUUUAAAAAACAUCUUAUAUGUUUGGUUUCUCCGGGAUGAAGAGCUUAAAUCUUUUAAAAUUGUUGAUAUUUUUUUUUUUUUUCAAUUUUGUUCUAUGCAAUUGAUUAACAUUUAUUUUUCGGUAUAAAUGGCAUUUAUAUAGAAUAGCAGUUCUAAACAUUGAUAUAUAUAUAUAUAUGACUUACAUUAACUUAAGACUUUUAUUUGAAUGUUAAUUAUAUUCUGUAUGAAAUUCAGUGUCCCAAUUAUCGGGAGUGUUGGGUGUGCGAUUCACGUGAACCGCCGGUUUUGGGGGGCCCCGAGACCUCAUAUUCGAUUUUUCAACUGUUCUUCCUAUAGACCUAUCUCAUUAUUUUUUUUUUCGUUUCGAUAACAAAAUUGCAGAAAAUAUUAUAAAACCCAUAACCUACCACUUGGUGCGAACCUGAUACAGCACCUACAUAGAGUUAUUAGUGAAGCCUUGAGUGACUUUUACAGGGCUUCUCAACAUACUUUCGUCCGCUAAUUUACCAUUUUAGGUGUGUGUGUGUGUGUAUGUGGGGGGGGAGAAUUGAAAAACUACGUCGGUAGGUCACAGGAAUAGGACAAUAAUAAUUUUCGUUUUGUUUUUGCCUUGUCUGCGAGUCAUUGAAAUCGCGUUCGUGACCUACACGUCCUGCACGGUGGUAAACCGAAACGGCGACAGACUCACAUUUUAUAUUAUUUAUAGAUAUCACAGCUAUCAUUAUGUGUAUCGUGUAUACGUUUUAUAUUAUUAUAACCACGCGAAACAUCAAACAGCUCCGCCCGAAAAGACCGGCGUCUCCCGGUCCGCGCGCGGCCAUCGAACACGCGUUGCUCAUAGGUGUAUUUUUUUUUUCCCCAUCGUCAUUGCUAUUAUUAUUUUACACGCCUUCUCCUCCCUUGUACGAUAAGCAAUGAUACACCCUGAACGCAUACCUUUGUUGUACAAUGCGUACAGGUGUAUAAUAGGCAUACGAGUUUGGACGCGCAAUAAAAAUCCGACAAUAACGUGUUCACACGGACCAAAAACGAACGCCGAGCGCGUGUAAAUAAUAUUAAACGGGAUAUAAUAUAUACGCGCGGCAGUAGAUAUGUAUAAUAAUAUUUUACUCUUUUUCUUUUUCUUUUUGUUUUUUUUUUUUUUUGUAUUUCGACGGUUCCAACGAUCUCUCUCUCUCACUGUACUCACAAUGGACGACUCCACAAUAACACCUACGACGGGACGCGCACUUACAGACCCUGUCCGAGUACACGGUCCGGGCGAAUCGUAAUCGGGUCGGUUUCAGUGGUUUUUGAAAAGAAAAAAAACCAUAACCCGUAGGCCUAUUAUCAUGGUCCAGGGAAGCGUUUAAACCUAAAACCCGUGACGAGUCACGUAUUUCAGUAUAUUAUAGCACCGGCCGAACACGGACAGGGUUUCGCAGAAGAUAAGCGGUCGGGGACGGCGGUGCGCGCGGCAAAAAAAAAGUUACGGACAUUACUUCACACGAUGGGUGGGCUACUGUUGCGUAUAGACGAGAAGUUGGGAUGGUAUACAGGGGAAUUUAACGUAUAUUUGUACCCGACGAUUGAUUUUUGUCGACGAAAAAUGAUUUUGAGCGGAGAUCAAUUUGAAAAUAAUACAUUACGUACCUACAUGUUCCCGUUUAUUACGGAAACAGCUGGGAACAUCAAAAAAUGACCUCCCUAAUGGGCCAUACCCCAGUCAGAUUUCCUUUCCAAAAAAAUGCUGCACUUGAAAAUCAGAAGAAUUUAAGGAAUUUUAAUUUUUGGAAGUUUUUGCUUUAAUUCGGUUACAAAUACAUAUAGAGACUAUAAACUUGGUAAUAGUGCUUAUAUUUGACUUACAUAGCCGUGGUAAAAUUUUAAAAUUUGUCGGUUGACCUUUUUUCUUUUUUUUAAUUUUUUUACAAGAGUACUUUAUUUUUUAUUUUUUUUAUACUGUAGACCACUUUUAUUCUAGAAGACUUGCUCCAAUGUAUAAGUGUAGCAUCUUUUCUGAAAAUAAAUUUUAUUUACUUAGUAAAUAGAUAGGUAUUUUUUUGAUUUUCGAAACUGUAUUUAAAAUAAAAACGAUUAACCAGGAAAAAAAUUACGAUUUUAUCACGAUUUCGUUAUUUUAAAUAAGUACCUACCACGUUUUCUAGCACAAAAUAUAUGGCUCCAAUUGAUAAACGACAAGUAACCUUUUUUAUUAAAUUAUUAAUCUUGUUUUUAAUGAUGUGAGUCGUUUUUUGAUUUUCAAAUUGGUUUUCAUAAUAAUCGAGAAAAAACGUAGGAAGGUUAGGUUUAAAAAAAUGACCGCACUUCAAAUUAGGUAUUACCGAACUGCGUUCGGAAUCGUCUUUCAUCAACACUGGUUUAUCGUUGUUUACAGAUAUAAAUGAAAUAACCUUAUGCAUACUACCAUCCCAACUUCUCACCUACACCAGUGACCGCUUCCAUCCCCAGUAUCAUCUCUUUUUUUAAUAUUUAUUUUGAUAUUAUUACUGAUAUCGAUAUAAUGUCACAAGCCCACAAAUGACUAAUCUAAGCAAUAUCGCCUUAUUUUAAUGAAUCCUUAUCUUUACCUAACCCGUAUACGGCUUGUGUGUUAUAUUAUUAUUUUAUAAAAUAUAAAUUUGACGUUAUUGCGGCCCGUGUAAGACAAAAACUGUGCGUGAAAAGGGGUUAAAUGUUAAUUAACGGAAUUCGAUUAAAAACACUGGGAAAUGAACUGAAAUGGAAUAUAUGAUUUAAAAAGUCCAAAGAAUUACCUUGAAAAUUGAAACGUGAACAAUAAAAGUUUCCUGAAUGAAUUUGUUGUUACAUAACUAAAAUUAUGUACUUAUACAGCUACGCAUUACAAUCGGCUGAUAAAAAAAAAAACCGCGCUUUCCUACAAAUCCACGGCCCUGAUAAUUAUUAUUAUAUUUACACCGACCGCGACGGCGCGCGCCGCCGGUGGCGUAUACGCGUACCCGCGACUUGGGUAUCCGUUGCGCGAGUAUUGUUGACACAAAUCGCCCUCAAACCCGUCGUUUACCCGGCCGGCAAUCGAGCGCGCACGGCCGUAACACAACACGUGUCUUCGGCACAUUCCACGGACGGUUUCCAUUUUUGGACGGGACCGCUUCUCGUAUAAUAUAACGUACGUGUGUGCACGUGUGCGCGUGUGCGCGUGCGCGCGCGCGAGCGUAUACCUAAUGUACCUGUAUACCCGGACCACUUAACGGAAUGACCGCGGCCAUACGUACACGUAUGUGCACACAAUGCUCGUCGUGAGGCGGCGCGCGUCGCGAUCGUGAGAAAAGCGCACGCACGCACGUACGCGGGGCCCCGGAGAAAACGGGAAGACGAGCGGGUACGGGCGCAGCCGCGCUGCGGUGAAACGCUGAAACGCGUUAUUGCACUGCGCGUUCCUUCGUAGUAUUAUAGUGUUCCGAGCGCUGCGGCGGGAGCCGCGCGCCAGACCCGGGCAAAGUACUGUUCGAGAGUACGGGGAACGGAAAACGCCGUUAUUAUAAUACGAUCGGGGUACGGUUCAUAAUGCGAAUUGCAUUUAUGUCCUGAAGCAGUGUUGGUGGCCUGCAAUUACGGCCCGCCAAAGCAUUAAAUGAAAAUUGAAAAACUAAUCGACUUCAAAUUUCAAAAAAUUAUUAACACUCGCCUUAAAAAACGACACGUUUAUACGAUCAGUUUAAAUUCUUAGCCCCGAUAAGAAUUAUCAACUGUUUUUAUUAUUUUUUUUUUUUUUUACGGCCCUCUGUAAAAAACAGCAUAUAAUCACCACUGUCCUAAAGCAAUACCUUUCGAGCACGAAAUUCAAUUUAUAUAUCAAAGACUAAAACAAUAUGAAACUUUUAUCUUGGAAUUGUUGACAUUUUAAGUGCAUUUUCAGGUUUUUAAAGAAUUUUUUCUUCUUUUCACAAUCUUCCUUAGUAUUAACGAAAAAUCUGACAAAAUUUCUUUUGAUUUCCUCUUAAAAGAAAAACAAUUUUAUCUCUUUUAGAUUUCGAACGUAGCAAAGGAGCUGCGUUCUAUUAAGAUAUUGGAUAUAUUGGUUCUAUUAAGAUGUUUAUUUUUGUUUUCUUCUUUUAAUCCGUUGACACGUUUUUUCCUAGUAAAGUUAUUCCGAUUUUUACACGUAGCAACUUUUCUGAUUUUUGACGCCAUUUUUUAAAUAAAAGCACUUAAGUAGAAAAAAACGGAGGAAAACGUACAAUUUCAUUAUUUUAUAAUAACACAAACGACGUUUUUUACCAGAAAAAAUGAUUUAAUCGCAAAAUCACAAGAUACAUUCUUUGUUGCCUUUUUGAUUUAAUUUCUUACGGUAUCAUCGCCAAAAUUGUUGAACCAAUUUGAGCUUUUAAGGAAUUUUAAUUUUUGGGAGUUUUUUUGUUGUAAUUUGGUUAUAAAUACACGUAGAGAAUCGAAACUUGAUAAUAAUAGUUAUAUUGAACUUACCUAGACGUGAUAAAAUUUCCAAAAUCAUCGAACGACUUUUUUUUUUUUAAAUCAAAUUUAAACGAAAAUCGCAAAAAAAAAAGCACUUCAAAUUAUGUAUUACCGAACUGCGCUCAGAAUGGUUUUUCGUCAAGCAAUGAUGUAUCGUUGCAUACAGAUAUUAAUGAAAUAACCUUAUGUAUCCUACCUUCCCAACUCUCACCUACAAUAGUGGCCGUUCCCAUCCCCAGUAUCUCUCUUUUUUUUUUUUUUUUAAUGUAUUAGACACAAAUUUACGAACUUUAUCAGAUAAAUACGAUGCCAGCUGUAAUGUAGAAAACGAUAAGCUAUUUAUCGAUUUGUAAAGUAGUCGUAUUGCAAUACUUGCCCUAUAUUGGGUUUAGCGAAUUAAUAAACCUAAUAAAAAAACGGGUUUUUUUUUUCAAAAUUUAAAAUAAUUUUUAGAGCAUUAUUUUUUUUUGCCUUUUUUUAAAAAUUAAAGUAUAUUAUGUUGUAUUUUUUUAAGGAAUUUGUCUUGCAUUUUAGAGUAUUUAAAUCCGUACUCUAUAAUUAUUAUGUUCGAACGCCGAAAUAUCGAUAUUCAGAAUGCUUUCGCGUUAAUAGCUUUUUGGGUAUACGCGUUAAAACAAUAACAAAAAAAUGCAUAAGGUUAAUUACCGCGAGCAGUAAGGAAGAAAACUGUUACGGAUUUUAUGUAACAAUAUGCAUUAUAUUUCAACUAUUGGAAAUUAUUGGAAAAUGUUUUAAAUCGAGUACCACCGGGUGAAAAAUUACGCGUCUUUUGAAGUAAAUGAGUGAUUAAAUCAAACAAUAUAAACGACCGAAAAAGUUUCUUUUUUUUUUUUUAAACUACCGAAAAUAAAUAUUUUUAAAAAUAUUCAGAAUGUUCCCCAUGUCUGGUGUAUGCUUUUUUUUUCUGUCUGUAAGACUUUUCUACUCGAAAUUGUAUUUAUUUUUUUUGUAGUUUUAUUAAUAAGUUUAAAAACUUAGAAAUGGGGAAAUGGAAAAAAACGGAAAAGAUUACGGAGUUAACGGUUUCAUACAUUUUUGUUGUCAUUCGGUGAGCAAUAAUCUUAGAGACUUGAAAUCAUUAUAGUAUGUAGUAUGAAAGUAUUUUACAGAAUACUUAUAUUACUGCAUUUUCUAAACGCGGUUCAAAAUAUUCCGGUUAUUUUGAGUUGUUCAUAGGUAUUUGACUUUUUCAAGUUUUUAUUUUUUAUUUGGUUUUUUAUGAGUGAAAUUGUUUUGGUCAAGUAGACAUUUUUGAAAAUUGUAUACGAGGUUUACUGUAAAUUGCAAUUAUUAGUCAAAAGUUUCAAUCGGAGCAUCUUUUCUGAAAGCAAAUUUUGUCUUGAGUCUUAUUGAGAAGGUGAUCUUUUAGAUUUUUUAUUUUUUGUUUUUUUAAUCAUUAUUUACGCAUUAACGGUUCCUGUUAUUUUCGAUUUAAUUGUUUGAAAUGUGGUCAAAAAUGUUUUACCAUUCCACUUUGUUAUCAUUGUUUUAUUGUUAUUAUACGCCACGUGAUAAUAACAUUCAACAACAAGAUUAGGUCUGUCAACACUUGUAUAUUAUGAUAGUGAUGUUAUAUCAUAAUCAUUAAUCCGCCCAUAGAAUACUCUCUUAUUAUCUUACAUUAUCGUUCGCCACGUGUGUGUAUAUACCACCGUCUUGCGUUUUUCUCUGCCGGUCGCAUUCAAUAGAGACUUGUAAAAAACGCGCGAGUACAAAACGCAGUUUCCACGUCGGCGAUGAUGGCCAAAAGACAAAUCGUUUCUGCUUUCCGCGUUGUUUUUUUUAACGCCCCACCAGUUAACCGUCGCAUCCGCGUGAUCCGUACACGCAUGAUACUGACGAUUAUAAUGGUAAAAAAUGAGGUUCUGACCGUUAACAACGGAUCGCAUUCCGGGAACCCCGUGAGACCAUUAUUGCUGCUGCAUGGCUGAUAUACUGCGCCAGGUAUAUAAAAAAAAAAGUCUAUAUAUAUAUAUAAUAAUAGUAAUAAUAAUAAUAAUAAAUAGCCGUAAACGGAAAUGCAUUGGGCUUUGUUUUCGCCCCCUACACCCCGACAGAAGCUUUUACGUUUGAAAAAAAAUAAAUUAAUAUUCAUUUGUAAUGCAAAACGACACGGCGAUAUCGUUAUGUAUAUCUACGGCCGUUAUUAUACUCUGCGGCAUAUUAUUAUGGUAAACCUAUACCUAUUAUUCCAUAGUAUAAAGUAUAAUAGUUGUAGUUGUAUUGCACGUGUUGUCGUAUGACCUCAACAAACUUUGUUUUUGGUUUUUUUUCUUACACCGAAAAUACAAUAUUAUUUAGCCUUUAAUAUUGGCCUUGGUUACACACGUGAACAAUCGAACCUGUUCGUAUUUAUAGUAUAACGAUAUGGUCUUACAGCCGAAAUUGCAGCCUAUAUUAUCCAACCACCACUUUUAAUUUUCAAACUGACGGCGGAAGAAACUCGUCUGAUCGUAGCUCGGAAUGUAUUGGUUUUACUCUAAGGCGAGUAUGUUUUUUUUUAUUUCUGUCUGUAAACGACUUUUCCACGCCAGAUAUCUUGCACUGAUUUUCAACCGUAGCAUAUUUUCCGAAAGUAAAUUUUGUCAUUUUUCUAUUUUCCUCGUAAUUUUCCUUAUAAUUCGAUUAAAACAUGUAGGAAAAACAGGAUAAUUGACGGUGAUGACGGUUUGUUAAUUUUCGAUUUUAUUGCGAUCUAAAUUGUAAUCGGAUUAAACAAUAAUCGUAAAGACGGUUUCAAAGAAUACUUAUAUUAGUCUUUUUUAAUACUUAGUCAAAUUUACAAAAUAUUCCGGGGCCAUUUUAUUUUUAUUUUUUUUACUAAACCUCAGUUGUUUGACUCGAGUGUGUGGAGAACCAACGGCAACGGUAUACAUAAUAUUGUAAUAUUCUGAGAAGAUAAUUUUACAUAUUAUUAUACUUUGUACUUACCUAGAUGCUUGGAGAUUUAACAUCGACAUUAUUGUAUUUAGUUACGCACAUUUUAACCGUAAAAAGACGUGAUAUUAUAUUUAAACGUAUACGUUUAGUGUAUAGUGUACAAAAAUUGUUUUUUUUUUCAUGAAUAUUGUGGCCCCUUUUUAGUCAGGUACAAAGAGUACAAAGAGGUUGAAAAGUGAUGGGAUUGAUUCUUAUAUCUAUGUAUAUUAGUAAACCAUAAUAUUAUGUCCACUUGUAUUGUACUUAAUGUAUUUUGACAUUUUGAACACUGACCGUAAAUACACGCGUUUCGAAGCACUUAAACUAUAAGAGGCACUAUAUGAUAAAUGCUGCAUGUCUAAGUAGGUACAUAUAAAAAUGUGUGUGUGUGUGUGAUUGCUUACGCAUAGAUAUAUGUAUGAACGCGGAAUCCGGUGGAGCUGGUUCGGACCGUUAAAAUAACUCAGGAGCGUAAGUGCCCGACAACAGAAACAUUCUAGUCACGGAAAUGGUAAUUCCUCGACAUUUGCUCCCGCCUACACCGCACUUUUACGUCCCACCCCCGCCCCGGGUUCAAUUAUAUACACGGCUUUGACGUGAAAACAUCAACAUCUUAUAACAUAAUAUUAUAUUUACUCUGACAAAUGCUCUCGCCUGCACUCGAAUAGACGUAUUGUACGGUAGUUGAUUGUUCACAUUUCCCUUUUUUUUCUUUAUAUUUUUUCUCUCUCUCACUUUUCAUCCGUAAAAAUACCGCUGAGUGAUGCGUGCACUUAUAAAACUUGUUCUUAAUCAAUAUUGACUUUUCCGGUGGACACGCCGAAAUACAGAAAUUUGAACGAAAAUUAUUUUUUAUUUUUUCAUAUUUAUUUCCAUCAAUCGCACAUGAACCCAAUCGCAAAAUUACGUAUCUUAUAUAAAUUGAAUAUAUGUAUUAUAUUAUAUAGUAUCAGCUGUUUGACUUAUAUUGGUUUAACGUUUUCUAUUACGCCGUACGCGACUGCUGAUAUGAAUACAUUUUGAUUUUAGAGACAGAAAUUUAUACUCGUUUUCGUUUGAAUGCACCAACGACGACACGAACAUUUUGUAUUCGUUCUCGUACCCUAAAGGAAUAAAUUCCGUUUUUCAUCAUACACUCCAGUGUUUUUAAAACGUAUUCAAUUUACUGAACGUUUUAUUUUUAUAUUUGUUUUUAUCUUUACGCUAGUGGAAUUAUUAAAUAAUAAUAGAAAAAUAUUGUUCAAUAAAGAAAUUGAAUUUGAACUCCAUUUACAAUGAUUUUUUUUUUCUUUUGUUUUCAAUUAUUUAAUAGUUAAGAGAAACUAGUAUAUUGAAAGUUUUUUUUAUAACGAUAGGUAUCUACCGUUUUAUAAAUCAAAAUCGAUAUUACAAUGCUACAAUAUUAAGUGCUAUUGUAAUUUAUUAAUAUUAUUUACACUUUUACUUUUAAAAUUUGACUAACUCGGGUACAAUGACCCUUUCCGUGAAUAUUGUUUAACAUACAACAUUCUAGAACAUAUCAAAAUAGUUGGAGUGACACGAGCAACAGAUACGACCGUUAUAUAAAUAUAGGUGUAUGGCCUUGUGGUGGGUAGGAUUAAAAGGUAAAGGUUGUCAGAGGUAGAUGAAAAAAACACAAACACCUAUAAACAUACCAUUACCAUUCCGAAACACUUCCAAUACCAAAAUCUCAUAAAACAUCAUUAAAUAUCACACUUUUGGACUUUUGGAGCAUAAAUGCCACAAUAUUAAAUUUGUUAUUUGAGAAAAAGAAAUUUUAAAUUAAAAAUAUUCACCAGAAUAUCAAUUAUUAAGUUUUAUCGUUAAUUUUUGAAUUUUAUGAACUUUAAAAUUAUGUACAACAUAAUAUUUAAGUUAUCUUUCAUUUCUGAGAAUUUAUAGUUAUAGCUGCUGUGUUAAAUUACAUCAAAAUUAACACCAGUACAAAAAAAAAAAAUAAUUGUAAACCUCCAUAAAUAGAAAUUAUGGUUUUCAAUUUUCAAAACAUUAUUAAAAAAUAUGAUUUAUCACAAAAUACAACGGUUAAUAUAUCGGUAUCUAAAAAUGUCGUAGUGUUGCUUUCGUUAGAAAGAGAAAAUGAAAAGUCUAAUACCGACACAAUUUUAUGAUGCCGAUAAUAAUAAUAUUAUACGUUAUGACGGUUUACGAUUUCUUAGAGAUAAUGUUUGCAAUUCUGUCGAUAUUUAUAUGUUAAAGGUGCUAAAGGUUCUUCUAAGGGUGUGAUAUUAUAAGUCAAUAUUAACCGGGAUCCGAAAAUAUAAACACCAUGUGUGCAAAAAAGACGGCUGCAUAUCCAACCACUUCAAACGUUUGUAGCACUCCGCUACUGAAAUUCACUCCUACCAAACUCUCUUAUUCUUAAUGAAAAAUGCUAAGCUACCCGCACACAUAAUAUAUGUUCAAAUUUUAAACCUUGAGCGCAGCAAGAAAUGUAUUGGUUUUACUAUGACUUUAUGUCUACUAAUAACUUUCCUGCCAUAAAUCUUGCUCUAAUCAAAAAACCACAGUUGAAUUUUUUCAGUUAGUGCAUUUCAAAAAGGUUAUAUUUGACCUUCUGAACAGUUUCCAUAAUAAUGAGGAAAAACUAGAAAACCCCAUAAAUAAAAAAGGCGGACAUACUUAAAACAAAUUAGAUCACUGUUUUAGGUGAGAAGAUGUGAAGGUAGGAUAUAGAGGGGAAUUAAAUGUGUAUCUAUACCCAACGAUUAAUCAUUAUUAACAAAAAAAUAAUUCUGAAUGGAGUUCGGUUACAUAAUGAUUUAAAAGGCUGCAUAAUAUUUACGAUUUUUGUCAAAAUUUGAUAUUAAUAUUCUUACAAACAAAUUCAACAUUGUACUCAAAGUUUUUUUUUACCACAAAGUACGACUUAUAAUGAACCUCUUGUUAAAUUAUCAAGCAUAUUACUGUUUGGUCUAACAAUUUUAUCUACAAAGUGCCUACUAAAAAAAAAUUACGUAAAAAGCUUGCGAAAUUUAAAUGUCUAUAAAUAGCUCAUAAAUGGCUCGAAUGUUUUAAAAAUUUUACUACAUUUAAAAAAGGCAGUUAUAAGUUUUCUAUCUAAAUUACAAGUAAAUUUAACACAAGAUUUAUUAUAAAUUGUUUUUAAUAAUAUCUAAACAAAGAACGUAUAUUGAGCGUGAUAAAGUAAUUUUUUUACGUUUUUUAAGUUCUAAUUUUGAUGAAAAUCGUGGCAUUUCAAAAUAUAGUUACCAAAUUAUAUUUCUGAACGGAAUACGACCGAACCAUAUUACGUUAAUAAUGAUUUAUCGUUGUUUACUUGUUUACAGAUAUAAAUUGAAUAACUUUAUGUACCCUAUCUCCCGACUUGAAGUCAGUGAUUUCCUACCUACAGUGGCACAUCCAUUACUAUCAUCAACUAACAUCAUUACUAGUUUUUUAUUUCUUAUAGUUAAUUUAAAUGUUAAAUACGUUUAUUUUGUACGUGAUGUACUUUUAAUUAUUGAAUUAAAUAUUGAAAAAUAACCGAUACCUAUUUACCAAAUUAAAUAUUUUUUUUUUUUUUUUUCGUAAACAUUUUUACAUACCUAACAACUAACAAUAAUAUUAUGUCUCUAUAUAUUACGUGCGUGGUUGGAAAAAAAUAAUAUCUAUUAAUACAAUCCCGCUGUGAAUGAAUACGGGUGACUUGUAUAUUAACACGUUGCGAAAACUUUACGAUCCAUCUGUAUUUUUAAAACUCGCAGUAAUGAGGUUGUAAAUUUAAUUUUUAUGCUUUCCGUACGAAACAUAAUAACAUUAAUAACGAAUCUCGAAACGCAUUGUGAUGUUGGUGGUCGUCAUAUAUUUAAAGUUCUUGCGUUAACCAUUACGAAUAUCAAGUGAAACCUCGGAGAAACGCUCCAAGAGUUUAUAAGAUAUAAUAAUGGUAUCAAGUUUUAUUUUAAUAUUAUGUGGUCGGGACGUGCGAGUAUUAACGUUUAAUCCUACGUUUGAAAUGUUGUAACGCGUUUGUCGAUCUUAAACAAAUCUCCCGCAAAUGAUAGACGUAACUGACAAAUUUACGAUCAGCAGGCCCGUGCAUAAGAGAGGGGGGUUGUAUCCCUCCCGUUCCCUUGUUGGUGAAAAACAAUAUCCAUAGGUAUUGCAGAUUUCAUCGAAAUCAAAUAAAAGCAAAUUACUUCAGCAUGACUGAAUAGUGAAUCUCACUAAGUACUUUUCAUUAGAUCUCUUGGUUUAUCUACCAUAUAUCACUGGUGGCGUAAAAACAGCUUUUUAUUGUUUUCUCCGAAUUACCUUUCAUUAACUUACGUCAUUUCUCAAAUAGGUGGUUCAAGUGUAAUUUGUAUAUCUUACUAAUAAUAAUAUUACAAUGAUAAUACUAUGAUAUUACUAAUAAUAAAUGUAUAUAUUUAAUAAAAUAAUAAAAUAAAAACAAAAUUAUUAAAACGGUUAAUACUCGUAAACAAAUAUAUAAAUAAAAAAUGUAUUUACAAAAAUAAAAAUAAAUAAAUUUUAAUGGAGUCGCGUUUUACAUUUUGACUGUGAUAUACCUGAUAAUGAAUUUUUAAUUCGAAACCGGUCGUAUAAUACACUUAUCAUAAUACUACGCAUUCAUUCAUUUAUUUAUUUUGUUUAUUUACCUUAUUGAUGUAUUUAUUUCUUUAAUUUUUUUUUUUUUUUUUAUUUAUAAUCCUUCCCCGUGAAGAAAUCUUACGUACGGGUUUGUCGAUCAGAAACAAUAUUGUUUCGAUUUACAUGCAAUACAAGAUAUGUAGGUAUUUAUAUUGUAUUCACGGGAAUAUAUUAUAGAUAUAUACUAUAAUACAUAGAUACAAAAAAUAACAAAUGGAACGUUUUGAUUUUCGACGCCUAUAGUAUUGAAACGAUUUAUUCGAGAGGCAUGCGAACACCAGACACCCGGUCGAAUAAUAAAACGAAAAACAUGUAUAUAAAAAAAAGGUAGAUAGGUAGGUACGUGGGUACUUGUACCUAUAUAUAUAUAUGCUUAUACCUCCUGCGUAAAACAUAAAAGACUCAUUCGUUUUAUUGACUUGUUCGACUGAGUUAUUAACGAUUUGCUCCAUUGGUUCCACAGAGAAGAUAUUAAAUAAACGCUAUAUUAUAUUCGUUCUAGGUAUAUAAGGUUUGUUUUUUUUUUUUAUUGUUGUUGCUGUAGGUAAGAAAAAAAAAACCAAAACCAUAUAAAUGUCAAAAUUCUUUUGAAAACACAUAAAACCCACUAUCGAAAUCCUCCGUGUAAACGCUCACGGUGUGAAGUGAAGAAUCUGAAAACUAUACUCGUACAUUUUACAUGGGGUAACGAUGAUUUCCAAAUAGAUACUGUAACAUGUGACUCUAUAAUAUAUAGCAUAUAUACAUUUAAAACUGAAAACAUUUCUACUGGUUUUCGGAUUUUUGUCAUUUCUAUAUUAUCAGUUACAGGGAUCGGGAACUAUUGCACUUAUAAUCCACAAGAAAGUGCUUAAAAACUUCAAAAAUGUCUGAAAAAACAGUUGAAAAAUAUUUUUAAAAAGCAAAAAUUGUAAAAAGAUUUAAAAGUCGUCCUCUAACGUAUUAAAUAUAAUUUUCUAACACUACACCUAGUAGUUAAACAUAGUAAAAUAACACAAAGUAACUUCAUUUAAAUAAAAUUGUACGUAUUAGAAAAUUAUGUACCAUAGAGGGGAUUUUCAAACCCUUCAACCAUUUUUGAUUUUUUUCAAAAUUUUUAAACAAUAUUUUUCAGUUCUUUUUUGACAUUUUAAGCGUGUUUCCGUAGAUUUUAAGUGCAAUAAAUUCCUUGUCUCCUAUUAUUUAAUAUUCUUCUGUACAAUGUGGAAUAAUUUAUACGAUGUUUAUUAGACAAAUACCUAUAUAUAUUUCCACAGCGUUUGCAAAACCGAUUUUAUAAUAUUUACCACUAGAUACAUUUUAAAAUGAUUUUAAAAAUAUAAAUUAUAAAGUCUUGAAAGCCUAUUACUAUAUUUUCGUAUUUUAACUUAUUCGAUAUUCAAACCCGUGUAUACGAAUAACAUCAUAAGUACGUACUUUAUAUUUUUAUUUACGAUUAUUAUUACCAUUUUCCUGGACGAACCCAUAAAACGAUUUAUAUUUAUUAUGUUUAUGUUAAGAAUUUAAAUUACAGAUCCGAUUUAUUAGGUGUUUAUUUAGUGUUCAUUAUAUAAAAUGCGUUAAAGUAAUAAUAUAUAUUAAUGUACACGUACCUACAUAAAUAAAAAAAACCAUUCUAAUAAAUCUAAUUCAAUCUGAGCUAAGUCGAUUGUACAUAUUAUGUUUUGAAACGUGAUAAAAAUUUAAUUUUAAAACGUUUAUGAAAAAAAUGUUUGUUUCCGAUAGUAAAUAAAAAUGUGUGGAAAAUCAUCAUAAAAUCACUUCUUCAAUACACCGACUAAACACGGUUUACUACUAAAAAACUUGCUAUAAAUAAUGAAUGGACAUAGGUUUCUAGUAGAAAAUUAGUAUACAAUAAAAAAAAAAAAAAACUGACACUGCUGAUGGGAGCGCCACUGUUAUAGGCGGAAAGUUGAGACGAUAGGAUACAUACAUUUAUUUACUUUAUAUCUAUACAUAAUUUAUAAAACGAUUUUGAAUGAUUUUCGUUUAUACAUGAUUUGUAAUGCCGUAAUAUUUACCAUUUUCAUCGAUAUUUUUUUCUUCAUUAUUUGAUCUUAAAACAGUUAUAUCCGCAUAUAAAAUACCAACCAAAUAAAAACUACGUAAAAAAUACGAAAACAUAAAAUUCCUAUAAAUAACUCAAAAUUAUAAAAUGUUCUUGAAAUUGUUGAAAUGAAAUGUUUUAAAAAUUUUACUGCAUCUAGAAAACGGAAAUAUAAAUUUUAUUAGAGCAAGUUUUGUGUUCGAAAAUUUUCUCACAGACAUAAAAAAUACAAAAAAAAAAAAACAUAUACACGUCAUCAUAUUAAAACCAAUAUAUAACCUCGCUCAGAAUCAAAAAAUAGAAUGGUUUUUUUUUUAUCAUGGUUCAGCGAUCGUCAACUACAAGUAAAAUUAUUUAUUUUCGUUUUUUUUUUCACUAUAUAAUCGUUUCACAAUAGUAGGUAGGUAUAUUUAUAAUAUUUUUACAAUUUUAUCUUUGUUCUGUACACCAUAAACCCAAAAUAUAUUAUCAACUUUUGAUUUACAAAUAUUAAGGAUACACAGGAAAGUGUAUUAUACCUUUCAUAUCAAUUUUUAAAUGUUAUCUUUUUCCUGCUCUUCCGAUCAAAAUGUUAAACUAUUAUGACUCAUAAACUGUACAUACAAUAUUGGUUUUAUACGUGUAUCAAAAUGUUUAUAAACCUAUUCUAGAGGGAAAAUGAUUGAAAGUGAAAGGUUGAUAUAAGUUUAAGGUAUGCAGAACAAGGGUGAAAUUUUUUUAAAUAUUGUAAAAUAUAAGAUUUUUAUUAAUAUAAAUAGAUAUUAAUUUGAAGACUAAUAUUUUAUUCAUAUACUAUAUUAUGAAUAAAUAAAUAAAAUUUAGGCAAUGGAAAAAUCGGCUAUUAUUAACAACGUCAACAUGAAAACCAAAUUAUUACUAUUAUUAUUCAUUAUUCACAUUUAUUAUGAUUAAACAGUUUUUUUUUGUUUAAUAUAAUAUAAAAUUUAAAAUAAUUUAUUAUUUAUGUGAAAUUUAUUAAUACGACCUACCUAAUAAAAUUAAGAAAUUCGAAUUAAAUUGAGUAUAAACAAUAUACGUUUCUAAAUUAUAGGGACGAUUAUAUCGUAUAGUCUGUCGUGUAAUUUUAAAAAUAUGUCCGUUUUUAUAUUAAUAGGCAUUUUUAAUACACGACGUUAACCCUAAUACGCAUUAUAUGAAGAUUACACUUUGUCCGUAAAAUAAUCUGACAUCUGUUACCAGAUGCAUAGUAUUUUUUUGCUUAUAAAAUGAUAUGGUAUGAAAAAGAAAACAAAAAAUAGCCAACGUUUAGUUUCAAUCACAAUUACUUAGCAACGAAAGAAAUGUUGGCCAUUUUGGAUUUUUUUUUUUUUUAUCCGUAAAAUGGGUCGCUAAAAGUAAUACAUAUUUUUGAUUUAUACUUCAAUAUAAAUUGGUUUUUACACUACUCUAAAAAUAAAAUAAAAAAAAAUAAAUAAUAAUAUAAUGGCAUUAUUUAUACUUAUUCAAAAACUAUCAUAUUAAAAUAUACUAGAAAAUCGCUGAUAGGGUUAGCUAAUAAGGUUAUUUACUGAGAUUUUUGGCAACUAAAUUUAUAUUAUUAUUAGUUAUUACUUUAUUAACUAUUUUAUAUGUUAAAUUAUUUCAUCAAAAAUUUUUUUUUAAAUAACAUUAUUUCAAAAAAAAGUUACUAUUUAUUUAGUCUACUUAUUUAUAUGCAAAUAUUGUUUACUUAUAAACUGCAAUCAGUUCUUUAUGCAAUUUAAUGGAACAAAAAAAUGAAAUUAUUAUUUUUUUAUAAAUAUCUAGUUUCAACGUUUUCAGAUGUUUUUUAUUUUCAGUAAUAUAUCAUUUUAAUUUAUUCUUGAAAAAUGCUGUGUAAACUCUGAACAAGUGACCGUAUUUAUUGAAUUAUGUAAUGUUAAACAUUAAAAUGUACUUAUAUAUUAUAUUAUAGUUUAAGGCGACAAAAAUCGAUAAUUUAUAAAUAUUAUAUGGUUUUUCGGAAAAAUUAUAUUUAACGUGUGCAGUGUUUUAUAAAACGUCGGAUGAAAGGAAUUUAUUAAAAAUACAUGAUAUCUAUCAUAGAAUCGACAGCGCGUAAAAUGAACUGUCAGCAGUAUACGAGCUUAUUUUAAAUGUACAAAUUUUAAUACACUAUUAUAAUUUUAAUAUUGUAUAGUACUGGGGUGUCCGUUAUUUAUAUAGAAAGAAAAUGUAUUUCUUAAUUUUAAAGAUAACCGUCAGGAAAUUUGUUCUAAUACAUCUAAAAAUAAGGUCCUUAAAAUUUGAGUUCGAUUGAACUUAAUUAACAGGGCGCGCUUCAAGCCUAAAGUUUUAAUAAAUUAUGAUUUUUUUUUGUUUUUACGUCGUAUAUGUGUAACCUGCAAGUACCUACUAUAUAGACCUGCAAGAGCCAUACAUUUUCGAUCAAGUCCGGUCCAAAAAAAAAACCUAAGCCCGACUCAAAAAUAAUGUUUAACUUUUUAAAAAUCCCGGUCCGGCCCAAGGACAUUUUUUUUAAGCCCAAUCUGAUCCGGUCCAAAAUAUUUUGUGUGAAAAAAGCCCGUGCCCGGCCCUUAAUAAAAUUCCAUGGUUUAAAUAUGCCCGGUCCAUGUUGAGUACACUUUUAUAAGCCAGUCUUAUCCGGUCCAAAAAAUUGAACAAAAAAAAAAGUCCAGGCCCGGUCCAAUUUAUUACGAGCCGGGCUUUUUCAGGUCUUUAGUACCUACCUAUAUUAUGAUCCAUACAAUAUAUAAUGUAUUAUUUUACAAUUGCGUGCCGAUAAUUAUUAUUAUUGUUAGCAGUUUUGUACGUUCGAAAGUUUCAGAAAUCAGAAUUAAUACAUUAUUCUUAUGUACGAAUUAGGUAUAUAUUUUUUAGUAAUAUUACACUCAGAAUAUUGCAUUUUUUACUUCCGUGCAAAUUCACAACAAUUUAAACGGCAUAUUAAUAUGUAUUUGACAAAUGACUAAUGACCGGUUAUUUUUUUAGAAACACUAAACCCACGACUUGUAAUUUAAUUUAACUCUGAUUUAGUUUUUUUUUUAUCUAAAGGCUUCGCCUUGUCACUACAACCUGACCUAUCAUUGUUGAACUAAUCUCAUUUAUUUUUCCCUCCAUAAUGUUUAAAAAAAAUCCACUGUGCCAUAUAAUGUGUCCAAUAAAUUUCGUUCUUUUUGUUGUUUUAAUCACCUUGAUGAUCUGUCUUGGCUCAUUGUACCAUGUUAAAAAAUUCUACAUUAGUUUUCCUUUCCGUCCAACCUAUCUUCAUCCUUCUUCCCUUUUUUUAAUGCAACUUAUUUAAAUAUCCUAACUCAAUUAAAACUAAUAUUACUAAAAUAUUUAAGAUUAUGUAAUAUUUUUAAAUUGAAUUACACAAAAUUACACAAAAUUACUACACAAAAUAUUUGAUAUUUGUGUUAUGUAUUAUGCAUUAUUCUAUAUAAGUGCAUAACACACAUGCAUAUUUGAUGUAUAAUAUAUGCAUAUGUAUAUUAGUAUACAUAAUAUAUAUGUUUAAUGCAAAAUUAUAUAUCAUGGUAAAUAUUUCACAAUGGUCGGCAGUCACUUUAAUAUUGGUUAUCUCAUUCGUGCAGCUCCAAACUUUUAAAAUGUAGAGGUCGCUUAAUUUAAUAAUUAUAUUUUAUCUUUUAGUUUUGUUCCUAGGCGGCACCUAUAAUACUGUUCAAUUUCAUUUACUACUCCACAAGUUUAAAAGUCAAUUAUGCGUUAAAAGUUAAUGCGUAAUCAUAAAACAAAAACCUAUAUAAUAUACACAUUCACAUUAUUACACGAGUAUAAAAUAACUACCUGAUAUCAAUAAAAUAAAAACUGUAAAAGAAAAAAACGAUUAUUAUAUUAUUAAUGUUAUUAUAUAGUCUUUUUAAUGAUAUUAUUAAAAAGUCUUCGUAAUGUUUGAUCAUUUAUUAAGCCUAUAUAUAACUGAUCUUUUUAACGUCUGUUUAAUGUUCACCGACAGACGAGGUUUCUUAAUUUUGCCCCCUUUCUUUGUAAGAAUAAACAACAAGACGAUGAAAAGUACAUCCUUUUUUGGUAAUAAAUUGUAUGUAUGUAAUUAUAAUACAAACAAAAAAAAUGAUUUUAUAAAAAAAUAAAUAUUUUUAAGCGUAUAAAAAUGUAAUUUUAAAUUCUUUAAUAAUAUUUAUAAUUAAUUGAAAUGAUACAUGAAACUAUAUAUACAAAUAAAAAACAAAUGAUGUACCUGCUGGAUCUUUGCUGAACUCAGAAUUGAAAUUUUAAAAUGUUAAAUAAUUUUUAAUUAUUAGUAUUUUCAUAAUGGCCUUAAACAACGAUCAGCAGCUGUAUAUAUAUUCAUAUGUUCAAUUAGGUACUUAUCCACACAAGUGUAACGCUACACAAAAUCUAAACUCCACAAUAGUUUUUCCUCGAAUGCUCUCUAAAUAACAUUUUCUUAUGUUAUUCUUUCCAGGGGCGUAUGUAAUUUGUACCAAAAAAAUAUAUGUAUGUAAUUUGUUUCACAUCUAAAAAUUAAUUUUGUUAAAAUUUAACUUUUUAAGAUUGCUGUUUGCGCCACAUAAAACUAAACGAAAGGGCAUUAUGUAAUCUGCCUCAUCUUGUACCUACACAAAUUGUAAUUUGCACCAAUUCAAAAUAACUAAACAAUUUCUUUUAACAGAACAAUAUAUCGUAUUUUUAAUCAUUGAUCAAUCAAGUUCAUUUUAAUAGUUAGUACUUUAUGUUUAUUAAACAGGCAAUACAAUUUCGGUUAGUAAUAAAACAAAAAUAUCAGUAAUAUUAUAAUUAUAAUUAAAUGUAUAUAAUUAUACGUACUUUAUGUAUAUUAAAUAACCCAAAUUUCGGUGUUUUCAUGUUUAUUCAUGUUAUUCAUGGUGCAUAUUAUAUAUUCUAUUUCGUUUUCUGUCCUGGCACAAAUUAUCAAAAUUAAUUUUUAGAUGUGACGCAAAAUACAUGUUACAUUUAAAUGUACCAAUUGGGGGUGCAAAUUACAAGUGAUAAAAUUGGUGUAAAAUACCAUUUUCUUUUUCCAAAAACACUUUUCACGUUUUUUUUUUUAUUUUUAUUAAUAUUUUCCCUAAAAUACCAUUCCUCAAUACCAAUUUUCUAUGUACAAUAUAUUAUUAUCUUUCUUGUGCUUGUUUACUAUCGUAUCCUGAAAUUGUCUGGUUCUUUAUUAUUAUAAUUAUUAUGUUUAAUACUAUUUAUACGUGCGUGUUCUCGUAAGAUUGUUUCCAUAUUUAAAUCAUAUAGAACGUAAUACUUGAUCCGUGUUCGGUGUUCAAAAUAAAUAACCAUGCAGUGCAUCGAUUUUACGCCAACAUCAUACAAUAAUUCAAGUAUAAACAAUUUCUACAUUUCUAUAACAUGUGGCAAAAAUACAUGAAACCGUAUAUUGUUAUUCCUGCGCUUCGUGAAGAAGAUAUUGGAAUGUGGUCAAACACGCAAACAUCAAUAAUGGAAAUUUAACAUUUAUUAUUGACUCUGCGGACAGAUUCUAUCAGGGAGGAAAAAAAUAAACCUAUUUGCUAUACACUAUUUUAUACCUCGCGCGAAUAAUAGAUUUUACUUAUGCAAAGCACUAUAUAUGGUAUAGUUUAUAAUCGAAUGUUAACCCGAAUGUACAGGAUUACGGAUGUUCGAAGUACGAGUACCUACUUAUACCGAAAAUCACAUAAACUUAAAACUGUGGUAUUACAAAAUUGAAUUCGUUGUUUUACAUCACAAGACGAUUGAUUAUCUAAAUUCGAAUAAAAAAACAAGAAAGAAAAAAAUCUAUAAAAUAAUAAUAAAAAUAACCAUAUAAAACCGUUCGGGUAAUAAUACGAAUAAUUUGACGGCGUUUUAUUGGCUAUUUAUUUAUUAUUAUUAUUAUUUUUUUUUAUUGGAAUUUCUAGCAAACGAUACACGUAUUAUAGGUAUCGUCGUAAAAAUAUGUAAACGUAUUAUAUACUAAAGUAAGUGGUUUGGUUUUUUUUUUUUUUUUUGCACAGACGGCAUCGGAAAAGCGGCGCACCCGCAGAUAUUCAACCUGGCGAGUAGGGCUGAGGUGACGGCGAACGCGACCUGCGGCGAAUCAGAGACCGGGCCGGAGGUGUACUGCAAGUUCGGCGGUGGCGGCGCCCAACAAUGCGGCGUGUGCGACAGCAGGUCCGGUGACCCGGCCAAGAACCACGGGCCGGCCGCGGCGGUGGACAACGGGACCGGCACGUGGUGGCAGAGCCCGUCCCUGCAGAACGGUGACCGUUACCAGUACGUGACGUUCACCAUCGACCUGAAACAGGUGAGUUCACGCAGUUACUGGUCACGCGGUGAUGUAUAUUAAAGCUCGGGUACAUACGCAUAACGCAUUUAGAUACCUCAUCGAUGUACACCUGCAGUGGUUCCCGACUUUGGUUAUUUUACGCCCCAUUUGCAGCUUUUUAAAAAUCUCUCAUCCCCACCCCCUUUUAACAAAUAUUCAACAAAAAAGGUCAUCUGGGAAACACUGAUGUAUACAAAUACCACAAAUAGUUGAAAAUUAUGAUACGAUAAUAUUGAAAUCUCGAUCAAGAUGUUGCAAAAUAUUUAUUCCCAGUUGGUGAAAAUAUUAAAUAACCGUAUCAAAAUAAUGUUAACUAAUAUCUUAAAAUAUAAAAAUCAUGUAAAUAUCAGAGAAAAAAAUUAAAUCGAAUGACAAGUAAAUUAAACGUUCGAAAAUAUUUUUGAGAGACUAAAAUGAGCCUACCUCCUCGUGGUGUCUCCUAGUUAACUCUAAUAUGGUCUAAAUAAUUUUAAAAUUAAUGUUAAAAAAUAUUGUAUCAAUAUAAUAUUCACUAUUAACGUGUAUAUGUGACCAAACGUUAUUUUAAUUUGUACCCAAAUGUGUUAUGUUUCUAGUGGUAUGUGUACCAAAACGACAUAUUCAUUAGUUAUACCCAAACGUAUUGCAUCCCGGAUUCGAAAAUCAAAAAAUAAUCAAAGCAUUAUUUUCGCACAUUUUACGUUUUCCUUAUGUUUUAUCCUGGAUUUUCUUAGAUAUUAUAAAAACCGCUUGGAAAAUCAAAAAAACACUUCUUAAAAGUACCAUCUGGACAACAUUCUCUUUCAGAAAUGAUGCCGCGCGCAUAUACCAUAGCAAAAUUCCUGGUAGAAUUUUUGUACACAGUAUAUAAAAAAAAAAAAUAAAUAAAUAUCUUAGUAUAACCAAGCUACACUCAGAAUCUAAAACGGAAACCGAAUUCACUGAGGAGAAAAAUGCUGAUUCAUAAAAAAAAAAAUCAUCAUGUAUUAUAGGUACCUAAUUUAAAUGUCUCAUAUUAUGUUGCCGGCUAUGAAUCACGAGUGUGUAAUAUGCUUUGGCAUCCAAUAAUGACUAGAAAUUCAUGCAUAAAAAGACGACUGUCUGUACAACUUUGCCAAAACUAUUUACAGCCUUGACCCUUGUCUACACUACGUAUCUGAUUAAGUAUAGGUAAUAUAAAUAAGUACAUAAAAACAAAAUCAAGUUAUUCAUAGAAACUCGUAUUUGAUUUAUUUUCCAAAUAAAUGGAUCUCAAGAAAGUUGGCAUAUUUUUUUUAUUUUACAAUGCACUUUAUACGAUAAUAAGUCAUUAAAUCGUACUUUAAAAAAAUUCUAAAAUAAUUCAUUAUUUUAUAAUUAUAUACUGCAUUAAUGUAAGUAUAUAUCACUGAAUUACAUAAUUAGGUACCUAAUUAAUUAAUUUUCAGUUUUAAUAUAAUAUUCUAACUUUCAAUAUAGUAUUAUAUGGCAAAUAUUAUUACAAAAAAGUACAAACUAAAGUGAAGUUUUAAUUUAACCAUUAUUUAUAGAUAGGUAGGUAUGUUGUGUCUUAUUUUUUGUAAUAUAAUUAUGUAUUAUACUAAAUACUACACAUCAUAAACAUUUACGGAAUACUGAAACAUACGAGUGAUGUGCAAAAUGUAGUAUUGAAAAUUGUUUACCGAAUUCAGUAGAAAUGGUGUAAAAUUCGCCAUUAGCAAGAUUGCGUAUUAUCUAUUUUCUAGAAAUUAAAUUUUAACAACAUGUAUUGUUUAUAAGAAAAAUGUACUAGAAUAUCAGCCCAAAUGGACUAUGGUGGUACCUACUCGUAUAUAGUUUUAUCUUAUAUUGGCUAGUGCCCAAAAGUAUUCGAACGACCAUAUCAGAUUUCAUGCUGAGAUGAAUUAAACACAAUUAGAAGGCUAUGAUUUUGUCAAAAAGAAACUAUUUAUCCCAUCUUAAUUAUCAUAUUUCCACUUGCUUGGGGGCAUAAAUGUAAAAUCGAGUAUACAUACUUAAACAAUGUUUUAUAUACACAGAUUCAAAAAAUCAAUAAUAUUGAUUUUCAGGAUUAAUCGAACUAUGAAAAUCGAUUAAAUACCAAAGGUAAAACAUUUAAUGAAACUAACUGAAGAACUUGGUAUAGAACACGGGUUUGAAUCCAUGUACCUACAAUUUGUGGAAUUUUAAUUGUAUUAAUCGUAUUAUUAUAUCGGAACAAAUUUAUGAAACACAAUAUACUCGUAUAUAUAUUUAAAAAAAUAAAUAUAUCCAAUUCACUAUAAAUCCGAACAAAUGCGGUCUAUAAGUUGGGUAUGAGCCAGAACACAGUAUGAGUUAAUGGCUAUAGUAACCCAAAGUGUUCAACAAAUAAAUGCAAUCCCCGACGAUUUAAUUGUAAAACUUUUACCCCUGCGUAAUUUUAACUUUCAGGCUAUAGAAAACCAAUUGAAUGGCAUAAAUACAUAAGAUAUUAGUUUUUUUUUUUCCAAUUUAUUACUAAUCGCCCGAUAAGAAUAUUUACAUACCUAUUAAAUAUUCGCAUUCUGUUUUAUCUUCUAUAAAAUUUAUUAUGGCAGUAAAAUAAUAAAUUAUAUAUAGUAUAUACCAUAUAUACUCAUAUAUAAAAUAUAGUAUAUAAAUAAAAAAAAGAAGAAUGUUUACCAAAAUAUGUUAUUAAGUUAUACUAUAACAAAAUAUAAGAAUUACAAAAUUAAAAUGAAAUAUAUCUGAACCUUGAGUCAAUAAGGACACAACAAAGUCACUUUUAAUCACUUUUCAUAAAUUAACUUUUUAAAAAGCAUUAUAGAAAAUAGCAAUCCUAUCUAUUUCUUGUAAUAAUUGUAGUGAUCAAUAUACGCUUAUGUAUUAGGCUAUUUAUCUCAUUUCACCAAAAAGUGGCUUUAGCCAUUCUAGGUCAGAUAUAUAUAUAUAUAUAUAAUAUUAUAUUCUAUACUUGCAAUACUUAUAAUAAGUUUUACAAUUGUUUUAUUGUUAACAUUUGUGUAAUUAAUUUUACAAAUUCAACGAUAAAUAACUAAAAAUAAAUCAAUACGAGAUGAAACUCGGUUUAACUACAUUUUAGAUUCGAAGCGUAACAAGGGAUCUAUUGAUUUUACUAUGAUGUGUGUGUUUUUAUUAUUUUUUAUGGCAGUGAACAAAUUUUCUACCGGAAAACUUGCUCUGGAGUAUCAAGUGAUAAGUGUAGCACCUUUUCUGAAAGGUAAUUUGGUGCAUUGGCAAGGUAAUUUUUGUUAAGGGAUUUUCAAAAUGAUUGGGAAAACCACGAAAGAAAAUUAUAGGUAAAAUGGCAAAUAUUUACGGUGCUUUGCGUCGUGAAGUUAACGUUUUCAUUGUUUUUCAUUUUAAGAACUUAUGUUUUGUACCAGAAAUAUUGCUCCAUUUGAAAAAUAACAAAAUAUAUAUUUUGUUCCUUUUAAUAUAAAACUUUCAAAGAAAGUUGUUUUUUGAUAUCUAAAGUAUUGUUCAUAAUAAUUGGGAAAAACUAAAAAAGACGAAAAUGAAAACUAAUAAAUUUACGACGCUAGGAUUUCUUUAUUUUAAAUUUGUACGACUUAUGUUUUCUACAAAAAAUAUUUCUUCAAAAGAAAAACAACAGGAGACCUAUUUUGUUGUAUUUAUAAUUUAGUUUGUUUUAAUUUUUUUUAAGCGUUUUUUAUAAUAAUUGGGAAAAAUUGGAAGAAACAAAAUUUAGGAAAUUAUAUUUUUCAAUAUUUUUUUUUUUUUUUGUAAUUCAGUUAAAAAUAUUCUUAGCGACUUGAAAUGUUGACAGAAAACUUAUAUUUGGUUUUUUAGACGUGGUACAACUUUAAAAACAUUUAAGCUAUUUAUAGAUAUUUUAAUUUUGAAAGUUUUUAUUAAUUCUUAUUUGAUACUUAUUUGUACUAUAUGUAAAAAAUCGUUAGACUAAACAGAAAUGCUCGUCAAUUUGAUAGGAUAGGUAAAUUAUAAGUCGUAUUUAGUGAUUAAAAAAAAAAUUGAGUGUUAUGUAGUAUAUUUUCUUUUAUUUAAGUUUUAAAAUAAUAUUUUGUCGAAAAUCGGAACUAUAAUAUGGCCUUUCAAAAUAUGUAUAACCAAACUUCGCUUCGAUCGUUUUUUCGUUAGCAAUGGUUUAUCGUAGGUUACAGUUUUAAAUUAAAUAACUCUAUUGAUGUAUUCCACCUUCCUAACUACCCAUAUGUGACCGCACCCGUUCACAGCUUCAGCUCAUUUUUAUUUUGUUUCUGCUUAAUUAAGUUAAUUUUUUUUACCCUUUUACGAGAUUCGUCGAGAGUUGAAAUUCAAAAUGUUAAAAAGAAAAUAUGAGACAUUACGCUCAAUUUACUCGAACAUAAUUCUAUAUUUUAAUAUAUGUUUGACAGACGGUAGCAUUUAUUAAAUUAUUUCGUAUAAUACGAGUUCAUUUUCAACAGGGAAAAUAUCUCAAGUAAUAUUAAUAAUAAAUUAUACUGUGCGUUACUAAAAUAUACAGUUAGAGUCCAUACUAUUAGCUCUCAAUAAUUCAAAAUUUAAGUGACCAAGCUUAAAUGUACAAGUUAUAAAGAUUUUCGAAUUAGUGAAAAUUUGUAUUUAUUGAAAAUAUAAAUUAGGAGACAAAUUCGAAUUACAGAGGGAUCACAAUUAAAGUGCAUGCAGAGAAUGUGAAAAAAAAAUUAAGUUAUAAUUAAUAAUCAGCAAUACAAAUAUGCCGGAAUGUUUUGAAAAUUCUAUUCUAUUCCUAUAUAAUGCUAAUAUUAUGUAUCUUUAUAUGUAUAUAUAAGUAUUUUAUCAAUUAAUUUAUUCUGAAUAUUACUUUAAAAAAAAAACAAAUUUCGUCCAAAACCAGUGUUGUGUAAAUAUUCCUGUUUUUCGUCAAUUUCCCUACACUAUUAAAAAAAGUAUAACUGCAAGAAAUUUUACCUUAUCAACUAAAUAAUAAACAAAAAAUAAUACUACUAGAAACCAUCCCUAAUGAGUGAAGGUGGUUGAUUAAUGAUGCGAGUCUUUUGAGUGAAAUAUUGUGUUAAUAGCAGACAUAUAAAAAAAACAACAACAUAUUAUUUAUUAUAAAAUAUACCAUUUGGGCCCUUUGAACAAUUAGUAGAAUAACAUUCAUGGUAACAUAAAACAAUAGAAUUACUAUAACAGAACGAUAUAUAAAAAUAGAAAAAUAUAUGUAAAAACAUAUUUGUUUAAUAAAGUGUUUCAAAAAAAUUUAAAUUAAAAGUGGAAUCCGUGUUGGCAUGCGACAUGGAACACCCUAUGAGUUCAUUACUCGUAUUAUUAGUAGAACUGAAGAGUAUGUGGAACGUAGAAAUAAAGCGUGAGGGUCGUAGAGGCACUUUAAAUAUAAUUAUAGAGCAAGUAAGAUUGGAGAAUCGAUAACACCUGUCAAAAGAUCUUUUAAGAAUUUUUUUCCAAAGUAACGUCUGCGCUCAGCUAAUGUAACUAAACCUAUAGAUGAGUAGCAACAGAAUAAUAAUCGUGUGGAGGAUAAUUAAUACCCAGAAAGUAGCUGGCAAAUCGGAAAACCCUUCACUUUCAAGCUAGCAAGUAACAGCAGUAUAGGAUUCCUAAAUUGCUGUACCAUAUUCCAGUAUAGGCCGAACUAUAGAACAAUAGAAAACCUUAAAAAAAUAUUUAAGCCUAAAACAAAGCCCAUCGUUUUUAAUGUAUUACAAUAAAUCAUCUCAAUAUGAAAACUCAGGUCAAGAUUAUUAGUUUAAAACCAAAAUCCAUAUAACAAAAUUAUCAUUGACAUAUAUUAUUAUCAUAAUAACACAAUAACUUUCUUACAGUUAAAUUAUCUAAUUAUGAGACUAAAUUAAUAGUUUUAAUUAACCAUAAACGUGUACAAGUUAUAAUACGUACCAUCACAUAUUUAUUUAUUUUACUCUAUUUGGUAAGAAAAAUAUUUUGAUGAAAAGGUUGCAUGAAACAUAGUACGAUAUUCAAAUUAUUCAAUCGACAUCGUAUAAAGUUUUAUUUUGUAUUUUUAUGUGAAUCUUUGUCAUGCGAGUAUAUAUAAAAAUACCUACGUAACAAAGAGUUUUUAUUAUUCAUUUGGUAUUAGUAUUGCAUUGACAGAACGAACAUUGUGCUACUUUUUUUACAUAAUAUUACUUUUCAACACUGUAAUACUGUAUUAUAAUGUAAAAAACUUAAAAACAUAUACUUAGCUAACAUUUAUUAUUCAUAGUAUUUCAAAAGAGGUACUGCCACUGCGGAACAAUAGACUAGAUUACGACUUUGUUGAACCGGAAAAGAAAAAUUAUUGUUUAAACGUGAUCUUCCGAAUCAUACAUGUUUUUAAACGAAUACCUAGACGAACACAUUUGUAUUCUGUUUGCAUUGUGACAAAUUUAAAAUUAAAUUUUGUGUUUUUAAAUGUAUACAAUUAUUUUUGUCGACAAAAAAACCAUAUAAAUAAAAACGAUAAUUUACAUUUUCGUUCACAAUAUUGUAUACUUAGGUAUUAUAAUAAUAUUAUUAUAAAAACAAAGAUUCAAUUGAUACCAUAUAAAAUAUAUUAACAACUAUAUUUUAAAUAUAGAACCUGCAUCAAAUCAAUUUAACAAUUUCUUUAUUAACGUUCGCGAAAAACUAGCCGAGAACUUUAAUAAUUUUCCAAAAUAGGAUUUAGAAAUGUCUAACUAUAAAAAAUGUUUGUAUUCAUUUCACGAUAUUUUUCUAAAAGAAUUUGAUGUUCUAAAAGUAUAAAAAAUUAUAGAGAUGAUAAAGCUACUGGAUACGAUAGGGUUACUGUAAAUAUUCCAAAAAAUAUUUCUAAAUUAAUCAUUACUCUUUUAUUGUUUACCUAUAAUUUGAGUAUUCAAAACAGUAUUUUUCCAGAUAAUUUUAAAACUGCAAUUAUUAAGCUCUUAUUUAAGGAAGGUGAUCGUAGACCAAUAUUGACCUAUAGAUAUAUAAGUAUAUAUAUACCUAUAGACCAAUAUCUUUAUUGACUAACUUUUCUAAAAUAUUUGAAAAAGUUAUCAAAACGAAACUUAUUUUAGGUGCCUAGAGCACAAGGGGUAUAAGUGAAAUUUUAUUGAUUUCGAGAAAACCAAGUUCAAAGUUAUUUGUAUUUAAUAAUAUAAUUAUUAUAUCAUAUUAUCAUAUCAUCAGUGCAUGUACAGCUGUUGUGGACCCUUGCGCCUAUUUACCUCUAAUAUGUUACGACAUUUUCAUUUGAAGACUAUUUUAGUGAGAUCUAGUAUUUGAUACUAGAUUUCAGCACAUGAAGAAUAAUUUUCUCUUAUAUUUCUUUACCACAAAAUAAAAUGGAAUAUUUUUAGGUCAGCUGUGCUCUUAACUCAGAUUAUUUAAAAAUAUUAUUUAUACCCCUUGUGCAGGCACCUCAUUUCAUAUUUGGAAAAAUAUAACUUCUAGAUCUAAAACUCAAUUCGGUUUUAGACCAGAGCUAUUCACUAAAAAUGCUUUAUUUCAAGUAACUCAGUUUUUGUUGACGCACUCGAUAAUGGUUUGAAACUAAUUGCUAUUUUCCUAGACCUUACGAAGACGUUUGACACUAUAUACCGCAUGAUUCUAUCUCAAAUCCAUUUUUUUUUUUAAAUUAAUUAUUUUUCAGUAAGAAUCCGCAGUUUUAUGAUGUUUAUCAUAGUUUAUAAACAAAAAUAUGUUAGUUAUAGGUAUGUUUUUAUUUUACAUUUUUAAUUAAUAUUUUUUGAUGUUCUUUUUCAUGAUUGUAUAUAUUUUUAUCUUUUCUUAAUAUAAUAUAUAAUGUACGAUUGUAUGAUAAUUCUCUACUCAGUCACAAGUCAAGGCUUAAAGGAGUAGGUGUAUUCUUCGUCUGUAUAUAUUAUAUUUUUAUUUGUAUAUAUCUGUAGUAUAUUAUGAAGAAAUUUUAAAAUAAAAAAAUAAUAAUAAUAAACCUUUACAAAAAACACAAACCUCAUCGACAAUACUAAAAAAUACUUUUUACUUGAUAAUUCUUGUUAUUGUAUUAAUUAAUGUAAUUAUGUGGUGCGCGGACAAUAUAGGAUUUCAAUUGCCGUUAUUCGUCUGUGUCACGCAUCGCGUAUAGAGUCCCGCUGUGGCCCCAACAAAAAUACAAACGAAACAAAUCACCUAUCUCCCGAAGCAAUAAAGUCGAAAUUGAAAAAUUUUGUUAACGUUGACUGUGCACAAAAAAGGAUUUGCCAUUUAUCAAUCUCGCGGCGAACGUUUCUUUUUUCCCACAAGUAUAAUUUUUACAUUAUUUGUCCGUCGCGAUAUACAAUCGGUGGUAUGUAGGUAGUUAGGUAUAUAAAAUAUAUACGCCAUCCAAGUUCCUCUAUAAGUACGAGUCCUCAAAUAGAUACCUAUUGACUGUGUAGUGCAUAUAUAUUUUGGUGGCAUUCGUAAAAUUAUACGCUAUCACUGUCAAACAGUAUUAAAAAAUUAGAGACAUUUUAUUUUCAAAAUAUUUCUGAAAAUGAUUAAAUUAAUUUUAUAAAAUAUUUAUUAAAAAUAUGACCUUAAUGUUUUAACUGUAUUUGUAUACACUUACCUACAUUGAUCAUACCAAAAUUAAACAUUUACCAUAAAUGUAUAAUUUGUGGCCGAUAUUAAGUAUUACUUAAUAAAUUGCAUAUCUAUUUUUAAAUGAUAAAUUGAUAACUUUCACCUACUCCUCUAGUCUAAACUUUAAACUGUUAUAACUCAUAAACGACAAAAUCUGAUAUAAGUGUUACGCAUACCAAAAUUUCUAAAAUUUAAGGGGGAGUUUCUACUUAAAAAACAAAAGUAUAUACGAAUUUAAGGUGUAUAGAGUAAGAGUUAAAAAUAGUUUUAAAAUAAUGCUUAACCGAUUCCACAAUAAUUUUAAAAAAAAAUCAGAAAUGAAAUUCACUUAAAAUCCUCCGAGAUAAUAGCUGGUUUAUGAUAAAAAAAAAAAAAUUCACUCUGUAUAGCAUGUUAUAGAUAGGUAUUUGGAAAAUAGUUUAAACACAAAAACCACAGUUACGAAUCACGAUUAAUGGCCUCCGGUAAAUUCGAAUUCGAAUCCAAACUCAGCGGACACAGUCGUAAACUCUUAUUCAUUAUACGUAUUAAACAUUAUGAGGUAUGUAUAAUACGUUUAUAUAUUAUCUAUACUAAUGCAAUAAUAACGUUACAUUGUGUAAUCGUAUCAUAUCGUAGCAAAUAUGAAUGUAUGGCAAGCCAAUAAAGUACAGAACAAAACGUACACCAUGCCACACUGAACCCCCAAAUAGUGCCUUUGCUAAUUCUGGUAUAUUAUGCUCACGGCGUAAUAUACACGCGUAUAUAUUGUAUUUAUAAGUUAAAUUAAUCGUCGGCGUUUAAUCUUCUACGAAUCUUUAAAAUGUUUAUAGCCGCAAUAUUCGGCGAAAUCAAUGACACAGAGUACACAGCCGAUCGUUCGAGUUAUUACCGUUAACAUAUACGUGCUAUUUAUUGUCUCGUUUCAAUAAGGCAUUUUUUUGAAGUGCCUAUACUAAGGAGUAGAGUAAAAUAAGAUAUAAAACACUCUCUACCUGUCCGUGGUCCAUGAAUGAAAAACACCGAACCUUUUAAAUAAACAGAAUUAAUUACUAAUUUUCUAGUAAAAUAUUUUUUUUCCAAAUUUUUUGUUUUUAUCUAGAACAACUCGGACAUUUGUCUUAAUUUAUAUUUUUCGUUCCGCGACAAAACAUAUGCCAAAACGUAACUGGAACGCCUAUUUUUCUAGAUCGCGAUGUAAGUAAUAUUAUAAGUGCAUCGUUAGUGGAUCGGCUGUAUUAUUUACUCGAUUCAAUAAUCCGAAUAAUCCGCGUAUUGCAUAACUCAUGGUAAAAUUUAGAUUUUCAUUUUUCUUUUUUUAUUUCGUCGGUCUUCCUAUAAUAUUAUCUUCAAAAUCUGUCAUAUUAUUCAGGCUACAAACAUUCAAUGGAUUCAUAAAAUGCUUUUAUAACGGCUUCAAGUGAUACAAAAGCUAAUACAGCCAGUAUUUUAACUUAAACUUCGAAUUUUACAUGUUCUCUUGAUAAACUGUUUUUAGUAUUUCUUGUUGGCCUAUAUACACAUUGGGACAUCCGGGUAUAUGUGAAAAACAAACAGUUGUUUUAUCAUUUGCGUAGAAAAAAAUAAAUGCAUUUAAUAGUUCUUAAUCUAACAUGAUCUGUACUGUUUGUAUUAAUAUUAUAAAAAAAAAAAAAAACGAUUUGUUAGUAUGUUUGUAAUGAAUUUGCUUAAAAACCAAUUAACCGAUUUUAAAACUUCUUUUACAUCUAAUAAGCUACAUUAUCAGCGAGUGGCGUGGGCUGUAUUUUAUUUAAAAAAAAAAAAAUUAGAGAUCCCUACGAAAUUUGUAAUUAUUAGGUUUUUAAAUAUUCUCGGUACGAAUAUUUAAUUAUUUAUUUAUUUAUGUUUGUUUAUUCAUGGGUUACCUUGUUGACUUGGACGAUAAUUAGGUAAGGGACAAAAAAACUAUUUUUAAUAUUACCACUAUUAUUUACACUAUUAUCUAUUAGCAAUAGCAAAGCAUUACCGGGUCAUCUUGUGUUUUAUACAGAACAAUAUAAUCGUUAUGAUCCGUACGCCGAGAUAUCAUUUCGUCGAAAACGAUUCACUGGAAUUACUGGUUACCAUAAUAACUUUGUACGCGCGUAUUGUAUUAGCUAUACCGUUUACGCAACAACGGACUGUUUUGUGUUUAUCGAGAUUUUCCCAUGGGAGCAGUGCGUCUAAUAAUAAUAAUAUUUCUUGGAACAGACGUAUUUCAUUGGGAAAUCAUACAGGAGCACGAAACCUUUAGGAUGGAUACGUCUUGUUUUAUUCGGCAUUGUUUAUAUUCACCUAUAUACGGAGGCUAUGUAAACAUUUUUAACAAACUGUAAAAACAAAUAAAAAAGUCAUGUAUAUUUUACCCGAUGUAUAUUAUUGUACGAGAAUAUAUAUGAACAAUAAAUUAAAAUACUGCAAAACAGUACUUUUUAACUCUGGCACUCCGGUUUAUAUUUUUAUUAUUAUUAAAAUUAUUAUUGAAAAACUGCUUUGGAAAUAUUUUCAAAAUAAUGACUCCUAGAAUGGAGCUAGGAAUUUAUUGGUUUAACAAUAAUGUUUAUUCUAUUCUUUUUUCUGCGAACAAUUUUUCUACAGCAAUUUUGCUCCGAUUCACAAUGAUUGCACUUUUUCUGAAAGUAGAUCUGACUGGCGUGAUACUUUAAAAUGGUCAUUUUUUUGAUUUUUCCAGGAAUUUUCCCAAAAAAUGGGAAAAAACUUAGGCAAAACGGGAAAAUAGAUGAAAUUUUAAACAAAUAUUAUUAAAGAAAAUAUAUAUUGCUAAUAUAAUUAUUUACCAUAAUGUGACAAAUAUAUUGUGUACAACACUUUUAACCAAACUCCGCUCAGAAUCGUUAUUCGUUGGCAAUAAUUAAUCGUUGCAUACAGAUAUACAUUAAAUUUCUACUCUACUUUCCCAGCUUCUCACCUAAAAUAGUGGCCCACCCACGUGCGAAGUAUGUUCUUUUGUAUAUAAUGCAGUAAAAUAUAGAAUAAAUAAUAGAUACACGUAAACAUUUAUUUUUGAAAGAUUAAUAAUACAAACAGUGUUAUUAUAAUGUAUGAAAUACUAAAGUUUUGUACAGUGUGAUAUUCAAUUUUAUAAACCAGUUUCUUUUUUUUCAAAAUCAAACUAAAAUAGUAAUAAAUAGUUUAAGGCAGGCCUGUAUGAGCGCGGGGCUUGGUGAGGUCGCAUAUUUCGCACCGUCUUUCCGCCAGCUCUGAUUUCAAGUUAUUCUUCACGAAGUCGUGCCGUUCAGAUCAUUUUCAUUCAGAAAGUCACGACUGUUGCCGCAUUUUUAUUUGCCAGGUAUAAGUUAUCUUUAACGAAAGUGGUCCUUAUUAGACAUUAGUGGAUUAUAGUAAUAUGUGUUUCACCAUACGAGGUGUGUUCAAUAAAUACCCAGACAAAAUGUAUUAAAAAUUAUAAUUAAAACUUAAAUUAUUUAAAUGGAAACCAUCAAAAUAGUGUCCUUUAGCUUCAAUACAAUGCUUCCAACGGUCUUGCCACUUUUUGAAACACCUUUCAAUUUCCUCCAUAGGUAUAGCCUUUAGCUUUUGUGUCGCGUUAUGGAUAGAUAGAAGAAAAAAAGCCAUUUAGUUAAUAUAAUGAACCUAUUUCAAGCAUGAGUAUUUAAUCAAACCAUAUUAUAUAUGCCUACAAAAAAAAUAACGUACAAAAAUCUCGCAAAUAAAAUAUUUUAAAAAUAUCUGGUUCAAAAAUCAGCCGAUUUGUUUUGAAAAUUGUACCACGUCUAGAAAAGUCCAAUAUAAGUAUUCUGUGCUUUUCAUCUCUCUACAAUAAUUUAUAGCCGAUUUACGAUAAAAAAAAACCGAAAUCGAAAAAAUCGAAACCAUUAAUACCGUAAACUUUCAUCUAUUCCCUAGAUUAAUUUCUUCUUUUCUCAAUUAUUAUGAAAACUGCUGAGAAAUUAGAAAAACUACUUAUUUUGAGAGUAAUUAAAUCUGAGAUUCGAAGAGAUAGGUCUCUUAUCAUUAAACGUUUAAAAUAAUAUUUCUAGUAGAAAAGUUACUUACAGGUAAAAAAAAAAUAGAUUGUUCACAACCAAAAUCUAAAACAAAAACGACGUCCCAGGAUAAUGGAUGUAGGUGCAGCCAUUGUUAUAGGUAAUUUAAUGUAUAUCUGUAAGCAAUGGCUUAUGCUAACAAAAAAAUGAUUCUGAGCGCAGGUUAGUUGAAAGUGAACCUUUGUCAAAAAUACAUAUGUCAUAUUAUGGUAAAAUACCUAAUUAAAUAGACAAUAUGUAUUUUCUUUAAUAAUAUUUGUUUAAUAUUGUACCGAUUUUCCCGUUUUUCCUACGUUUUUCCCGGUUUUCCCGUGUUUUUUCCCGGGUUAUCACAUUUGCUAUUCAACUCUUGGAUAAAUCGAAAAAUGACCUCCUAAAGUAUCUCUCCAGUCAGGUUUUCUUAUUGAAAAAGUGCUAUCAAUGUAAAUCGGAGUAUAAUUUCUAGAUACCUGAAACAUGGCUUACAUUUUUUGAAUAUUUGACCACGUUUAGAAUAGGCAAAUAUUAGUUUCCUGUCUAAAUUUUAAGUCCAUAGAAUUGAUACGAAUAUUUUUAACUGAGUUUCAAAAAAAGUAUUAACAUUUUUAUAAAAAGUCUUUAAAUGGCUCAAAUAUGUUUUAAAAUUUGACCACGUUUAGAAAAGACAAAUAAAUGUUUUCUUUCCAAAUUUCAAAUCUCUACGAAUAUUAUUAACUAAAUUACAACAAAUAACAAAAUUGAAAAAUAAUAAUAGCAUUUUUUUCGUAAAUUUCCCGUUUUUGUUACGUUUUAUUCUAGUUUUUCCCAGAUAUUAUGAAAACUGCUUUGAAAAUCAAAAAAAUUCCUUUUUAUUGUACCAUCUGGACAACAUUCCCUUUCAGAAAUAGUGCCACGCAUAUAUAUCAGAGGAAGAUUUCUGGUAGAAUGUUUGUACACAAGAUAAAAAAAAAAUAUACAUACAUCUUAGUAAUACUAAUACAUUCUUCGCUAUACACAGAAUCUUAAAGUAUAACUGUAUUAUUUAAUGAUAUAGACUGUUAUUUUUUUAUAAUAAUAGAAUAAAUAAAAAACAUUGUUAAAUGCUGUGCUUAUAAAGUUAUAAUACUGACUAAAAAAUAAAUAAUAAUAGAAAAUGUUAAUACAAAAUUAGAUAAUGCAGAAAAAAGCCUUAUCUUCCAUACCUAUAGUAGUCUCAACAAAAUUUCUUAAUAUUUUUAAAGCACGUUUAGCUUGUUGAAUUGUAACCUAAAAAAUGACUUCCUCCUCAUUUUGUGGUUCGUCUUCACUCUCGCUGAUAUUUUCGAUGGUUUCUGAUAAAAUUUCGUUAUCUGUCCAUGUUCCACAUAUGUGUACAUUAUUGUCCAUUUCCACAUAAUGUGAAAAACUUCUGUCGUCUAAAUUAAGAUGAUCAGCAACAAAAUUCCAUUUAUGCGCUCUUUAUUGUAUUUUCCACCCGAACAUUCUUUACCUUUUAACAUUAAUGUUUUAUCUGAUAAUCAUUUGAAAAAUAAGCCCGUUUCAUCGACAUUAAAUAUAUCAUUAGAAGAAUAACCUGCUAAGACGUCAGGAAGAUAUUUAAUCCAAUUUGAACAACUAUGUGUGUCUACUGAAGCUUUUUCUCCACAAACAGUUCGAAAAACUACAUCAUGUCUUUUUUCCAAUUUGUAAGCCAUCCACUACUAGCUUUAAAAUUAGUGUGUCUUAGUUAUUGUGAAUAUUCGUUUGCUUUAUCAAGUAAAAUUGCUCCAUUUAAUGGGAUGUUUUUAUCUUGAUACUGAGUAAACAAUUUUAGCAAACAUUUAUCAAUGUCCAAAUAAGGAAUCAUCCUCAUUAUUUUCAUGUUUCCAAUGUUUACAAUUGAACUUCAUUAUUCUCUCUUUCUGUUUAAUAAUUGACGAUAAUGUAUUUGGUAGAAUUUUUUUGGCGAUUUUACAGUUUUUAUGGUCACCUUUUUCAAAUAACUGUAUUAAACGAACUUUGUCCGAAAUUGAAAGAACAUUUAAUUUACGCUUCUUUUCCAUUUCACUACAAAACGAACAAACGAACUACGAAAGAUUACAAACGUGACUACCAGCGCGCUAAAUCGCAAUCGCUACAUUGAAUGUACUCCACAAUUCCUGUUUUAACCGUAAUAAAAAUAUUAUUCGUGAACUCGAGAUAACGAAAAACGAUUCAUUUUAUAUCGAGUUAUCGAGAGCAAAACACUAUUAAGUGCAAUAGUAGUUUCAAGGGGAAUUCAAUGUAUUUCAAGAUAACGAAAAAUUUGAGAUAGCGACGUUCGACAUAUUAAGAAUCUACAAAUAUUUUUUUACGUAACUAUCAUCGAAAUGAAAUAAGAGUAUAGUAAAUUCAACCAUGCAUACAUUUAGCAUGAGACACUUUCCGCUUCUUGAAGGAGUAUCAUACAUUUAAUUGUGGUAAAGCGCCACACGCGAUUGUGGUACUUGUUUUACAUUUCAUACUUGUAUGUUAUCUUAUUAAUUUUCAAUGUCAUCAUGAUAUAUAUACAAGAGAUAAUUUUUAUUAUUAACCUUAAGGUUUUUCUAUUAUCAUUCAUUUUUUAGUUUAUUUUAUUUUAUUGGAUUUUAAAAAUGCCAUUAUUAAAAGAGUUUUAGUCAUAUUAGGUAAAAAUCAUUUGUCCACCACUUCGGGAAAAUAUGAAAACUGAUCAUGGAUUAUUUAUAUUUAAAGAUAUAUGAACAAAAGUCGUAUGACAUGUUUUUUUGAUAUUUAAAUAUUUUUUUCUCAAAAAGGUUCACGCGUCCCCAUCACCCCAUCCUUUGAUUCCACACCUGCAUUAUCAAUGAUUCACCUAAAUUAUUGACAUUUCGUAAUUAUCUACAGAUUAAAUUGUGUAGCUAUACUAAUGAUUAUAUAUUUUUUCUAGAUCUAUCAAGUGUCAUACAUCAUAAUCAAAUUUGGCAUUUCGUCCAGACCCGGUAAUUGGAUUUUAGAAAGAUCAACAGAUGGUGGUGUUCAGUACAAGCCAUGGCAGUAUUUUGCCAUCAAUGGCGAGGAAUGCGUACAAGCAUAUAACGUUCAACCAAUAUUACACAAGGAUAAAAUGUUGCAAAUACAUCCGAAUAUUACCUGCAUUACGUCUUUUUCCCGUUUUAAACCCUACGAAAAUGGAGAAGUAAAUCAUAACAAAAUACAUUAUGAUAAAUAUUGUAAUUUAUAUAUAAAUGUAUUUAUUUUUUUUAAUAAUAAUUUAUUAUCCGAUAGAUUCAUAUAAAUAUUUUCAAAGGACUCAACAACGUAAACUUAUCAUCAGCGGACCUUUUAGAUUUUUCUACGGCACAAAUCAUUCGGCUGAGAAUGCAAAAAAUUAUUUUUCCCAAUGACAAAAUGACUAUUCAAAAUGAUAAUUCGUUUAAACGAAAACUAUUUUAUUCGAUCAAAGAUAUAUUCAUUGGUGGUAGGUGCAUUUGCAAUGGUCAUGCGAAAAAAUGUAAACAAAUGUUGGAAAAUACGGUAUGUUUUAUUUAUAUUUAUAUCUAAACUAUGUAUUAUCGAAAAAUCACAAAUUAAACUUUAAUUUCAAAAAUCAUUAAACACACAAGUCAUUUUAACUCAUACCUUAUUUUUAUUUAAUUAUAUUUUGUUUAAAAAAUGUUUAUUUAAAAGUUUACUUAUAAUGUAAUAAUCUAGUUGAACUUUGUGUCGCUUGAACCUUAUUAAAAUAAAUAAAAAGAUUAUUUGUAUUUUUAUGAAUCAACAUUUUCCUUUAAAUAUAACCUUCUCCUAUUUAAAUAUAUUAUAGGAGCCUAGUUGCGAUUGUCUACACAACACAUGCGGCUCAAGGUGUGACAGAUGUUGUCCACUAUACAACCAGCGUCCAUGGAAGUCAGGUCCAGUUAUUUGUGAAAAAUGUCAAUGCCAUGGUCACGCAACCGAAUGUCAAUACGAUCCCAUAGUUGACGAAGAAAAAUCGAGCCUAGAUAUUUAUGGAACUUAUUCAGGUGGUGGAAUUUGUAUCAAUUGUUCAGUAAGUAGCUGUUUUUAAAUUGAUUGGAGAUAAUGGUUACCUUUCUUUCUUUCUUCUUUUCGUUUUAACUUUUUUUGAAAAUACAAUAAACAAAACUAAUACAAAUUUCUAGAAGCACACUACUGGCACGAAUUGCGAGAUGUGUGAAAUCGGAUGGUAUCGACCAAUAAAUGUAGAACCCGAUGAUCCAGAACCGUGUAUACCAUGUAACUGCUAUCCUGAGGGAUCUGAUGGAAGUUUAUGUAUUCCCGACAAAGAAACCGUAUGCGUGUUUAUCCGAGUUUUGACGUAACAGAAUUUUAUUUUUAUUUUUCUUCUAGGGUGUUGGAAUUUGCAACUGUCUGAAGGGAUACUUUGGUGCCAAAUGUAACGAAUGUGCACCUGGGUAUAAUGGGUUUCCUAAUUGUAAACCAUGCGCAUGUGAUGAAAGAGGAGUCAGAACAGCUCCUUUAUCCUGUGAAGAUCAAUGCGAUUGCAAAGUAAAAUAAUACACUUUAACCUUAAAUAAAAAAUGUAAAUAUAAUUGAUGUACAUUAUAAUAUAAUUUUUUAGAAACAUGUAACAGGAGAAGGCUGCAACGAAUGUAAGGUGGGAUAUUUUAAUUUACAGGCCACAAAUCCAAAUGGUUGUGAAAAAUGCUUUUGUUCGGGAGUUUCACUAUUAUGUUCAUCUGCUACCAAUUUAAAAGAAACUAGGGUGUGUAAUUAUAUACUUUGAUAUUUACCCACAUCAUUAUUCAUUAUAUGUUUUAUGGUGAACAUCACCAAGUAUUACUAAUUCUCUUGACGUUAUUCUUGCAACAAAUUAUUAACCUUUAGAUAAACGAAACAGAAGGAUGGUUAAUAACAGACUUAACACUUUCAAAAACUAUAUUUCCAUCAACGGAUCCAGAUACAGGAUAUGCGUUAAUAAGCAGUUUUGAUGUACCCAUUGACGUUGAUAAUUUUUAUUGGCUAUCUCCUAGUCAAUUUUCUGGUAAUAAACUGUCUGCUUACGGUUCUAGUUUACACUUUACCAUUUCGUGGGUCAUAAUGCGAGGAGAUUCUAGCGGUCGAAAAAUGCUCGAUCCAGAUGUCAUUAUUAUUGUAAGUUCUAAAAAUAUAUAAAUUAAAUAUAUUACGGUAAAUACAUUAUAUAUAAAUACAUUAAAAAUUAUAUUAUAUUUAAAAUACACAAAUACCUUUCUAAUGUUUUUAUACCAAUUUGAUUUAUAUAUUAUCUAUAUAUGUAUAUAUAUAUUAAAUAUAAAUUGUAUGCAGGCAAAGGAAAAUAUUCUCAUCGCAUAUGGUGGAGAAAACUUAAGGACUUUUAACAGAAUUACGGGUGACGUUAAACUGAUAGAAGAUGAUUGGUUUUACGUGACCAGUGAUUUGAAAAACUUCGAAACACCCAUUGGUAACAACGAUGUGUCACGUGACGAAUUUUUAUCGAUUUUGUCUGAUAUAAAACACAUAUUAAUUAAAGCAAAGUACCACACGAAUCAAGUAGAAUCAAAGUAUGUUUAUAUAUUAUACUUACUAUAUAAUAUAUAUUGUAUUUUGUAUUUAUACUCAGUCUGAGACAUAAAUGAACUAUGAUUGUAUUAGGUAAUAUAAAAAAAAAAUUAAAUGUUUAUUUGAUUUAGUUUGAUAGAUGCAUUUAUGGAUGUGGGCGAUAUAAAUGGAAAAGGGCGAAAUGUCAAUGGUGUAGAAAAUUGUACGUGUCCAUUAGGAUAUUCAGGACUAUCUUGUGAAUCUUGUGACUAUGGAUAUGUAAAACAAAUUGAUCCGUUUUCUAAAAAUAUUAUUUGUAAAAAAUGCAACUGUCACAAUCAUUCUCCAGAAUGCGAUCAAGUUUCUAGUCAUUGUUCGGUAUGGUUUAUUACACAUACUCACUAUAUAAAAAAAAUUCUGAACCUAUUUUUAAUAUAUGAUAUAGAUAUGUGAACAUAAUACAACUGGGUCACAAUGUAAUGAAUGUGUAAUCGGUUUCUACGGUAAUGCAAUGGAAGGUACGCCAAAUGAUUGUAAAAAGUGUGCAUGCCCUUUAAAUGAAAGUACGAACAACUUUAGUCCCACUUGCAAGUCAAAUAAUGCAGGAGAUUAUGUUUGUACUGAGUGUCCCGAAGGAUACACUGGUGACCACUGUGAAAUGUAAAUUUCAAUUUAAAAGCAAUUAUUAUUAUCCUAAGACAUAUUUUAAAUGUGAACAUAUUUUCAUCUAGGUGUGCACCUUCGUUUUAUGGAAAUCCAUUAAUAAUUGGCUCUACGUGUAAACCUUGCGAUUGCAAUGAAGCACCUUGUGAUAACCUUACAGGACAAUGUAUUAACUGUUUAGGAAAUACAGUUGGGUGGAAUUGUAAGGAAUGUAAACCCGGGCAUUUUGGAAAUCCUAUUGUUUCUGAUUGCAGACGUAAGUAAUUAAAGCGUAGCUCAAAAUAUCAAAUCAAUAUUACAUAGUUUGUUAGUCAUUGGUGUUCGGUAGUAUUUGAAGCGUAAAAGUAAAACUUAAAUUACUUUUAUAUUUUACAAUAUGUCUAUAUUUAAAGAUAAAUUCCAUCCUAUGCUUUGUAUCCAUGUACAACAAUAAUAACACAUUAUUAUAUUAUGUUUAACAAAAAAAAUCCCCGAUUAUUAAACUUAGGGUAUUAAAAAAUGUUUCUAAAAGUAUUUAUAAUCAUCAAUGUAGAAUUUCGAAUUGUUGAGUAAAAUUGUAGUCGGAGUGACUACAGGGGUGGUUGGGUGGGGUACCCAACCACAUCUGGCUGUGCCUACUAUAAUGACAAGAACUUGGUAAUUAAAUUUCUUUUGUUAAUGUAUAACCUAUCAGUAGCUGUUUUACGGGUAAAGAGACGAAGAUUCCAGGGGAUCUUAGUUUUUAAAUUAAAUUUAAACUUUAUUUUUUAUUGAAACAUAGGUACAUUCAUGUAGAUAAAUAAAAAAAUAAUAUGUAAGUUAGUUAAAAUAAAUUAAUAAAUAUUGGGAAAAUAUUUUUUUGUAUGUUAAUAUCAAAGGACUCUCCCCAAAAAAAGUUCAAUAAUCACCACUGUUACUUAAACACCUAAAAUAAAAAUGUAAUUUCUUAAUUUUUUCUAAUUAAUAAUUUAAUAUAAUAUAGAUAAUUGAGGGUCAACUAGGGGGAGGAUACGUAGUACGUAGUUGUAUGAUUUAUAUAACAAUUUGAAACAUGUUAUAACAUGUUACGUGUAUAAAUAAGUGAUAACAGCUACAGUAUGAUUUCGGUUAUAACUACAAAGGAAACGCAUACAAAUCUGGACCGUACAAUUUAUUUUGUAAUCAAGACAAAUUAAAUAACAAGUAUAACAUUUAUUUAUUUAUUUUUUAUAUAUAUAUAGCCUGUGAUUGUAAUACAAUUGGAUCAAUUGUAACUGACUCUUGUAAUGUGGACACUGGACAAUGUCAGUGCAAAGAAAAUUUCACAGGAAGAACAUGUGAUCGAUGUGUAGUUAGUAUUCGAUUUUUAUUAUAUAAUAUUAUUAAAUCAAAUUAAAAUACCAAAAAAUAAUGAUUGCUUACAGGAUGGUUUAGGCAACACCACUGCAGAAUGUGUAGAAUGUAACUGUAAUCAUAUUGGUUCUAUAUCUGAUUUAUGUGAUCCCAGAUCAGGACUAUGUCCAUGUAAAAAAGGUAUUACUGGAAUAAACUGUGAUACAUGUGAUGACGGCUUUUAUUCGUUUUCAAGUCAAGGGUGUAUUGGUUAGUGAAUAUUAAAAUUUAAUAAAUGUAAUUUUUUAAUUAAUUUGUCUUUCAUAGAAUGUCAGUGUAACACUACAGGAAGCAAUAAUAAUAUAUGUGAUCAUAGUACUGGCAAAUGUAAUUGCCGAGAAAAUGUAGAUGGCAGUCAAUGUGAUUCUUGUUAUGUAAGUUCUGAAAACUGAUGAAAAUCUUUAAUAAUAUUUUUUUAAGACUUAGUGCAAGAAGCAUUGAACCAUUUAAAUCUAGCAAGAAACUAUUUUAAUUUUAAAUGUUAAGUCCAUAAUUAUUGUUAUACAUUUUUUUUUUUUGCAUUGGCCAUUCUUACACCAAACCAUAGAUUUAUUUUAUGUAAUAGUACCUAUUACUAAACAAAUUUUAUUAACUUAGGGUGGAUUCUGGAAUUUCUCUGAAACGGGUUGCCAGAAAUGUAGUUGUGAUAAAAUAGGUGCGCUAAACGAUAUAUGUGAUUCUGUUACUGGCUAUUGUACUUGUAAACCUGGCAUUGGAGGUCAGUACUGUGAUCAGUGUCUACCAAACUAUUAUGGAUUUUCUUUAUUAGGCUGCUCAGGUAAUUAAAAUAAAUGAUUAAGUUAAUUGACUUUUACUCGCGGAGUACACAAUUUUAUUUUAUUUUAGAAUGUGAACUAUGUGAAAAACCGGGACACACUUGUGAUUUAGAUACAGGGAGAUGUGUGUGCCCUCAAAUGACAGAAGGACCAAAUUGCAGUCAAUGUACAGCUAAUGCUUUUAGAUGGGAAAUAAAUAAAGGAUGUCAAGUGAGUUUUGGCAAAAUUAUCAAAUAAAAAUAUAUAAAUAUAUAUAAUAUAUAUAAAAAUACAAGUAAUACCAACAAAAUAUUAUAUUCAGGAGUGUGGUUGUGAUUCAUUUGGAUCAUUCAAUGGACUUUGCAACAACGAAACUGGAACAUGUGUAUGUCGAAUUGGAUACGAUGGUUUAAAAUGUGAUAAAUGUGCAUUUGGCUACUAUGGAUAUCCUAGGUGCCGGCCUUGUGCAUGCAACUAUGCUGGAAGUGAACCAAACAACUGCAAUGACACAUUGUGUGGUUGUGAUGAAUUCGGACAGUGUGAAUGCAAGGUAAUAAAGUGAUGUUUAGUUAAUACACCUAUUAAACUAUAAUGUAGUAUACUUACCUAAUAUAUAUAUAUAUAUAUUUAUUUUGUUGUUGUUCAUCUAGAUGAAUGUUUAUGGUAAGCGAUGUGAUCAAUGUAAAGAAGGAACCUUUGGUCUUCAUCAUAUAAAUGCAGACGGAUGUAUACCUUGCUUUUGUUUUGGAAGAAGUAACUCAUGCUCAACAGCUGGUCUAACUUGGAAUCAAAUAAGAUUAACACAAACUCGUAUACUAUCCAUACACUAUGAUACUAAUUACAAUACACUAUAUCGAGAAGGCGAUUAUCCAGUAAAUACUCAAGAAAUCUGUUAUAUUAAUGUAAGACUGCAAUUAUUGUUGGUUUACAAACAACCAUAAUUUAUGUAUUUAUCAUAAGAUUUAUAUUAAUAUCAUAUUUUAAUUUAUAUUUGUAGUUAGCAAAUCCAGAAAGUACAGGACAAAACCCUAACAAAGAUGAAAAGAACCAACUUAAUGUAACUAAUAAUCUUAGGGUUAUUCCUGGUACUAUUGGCAAUGUUGAAAUAGGAGUGAAAUAUUUGUUUGAUACGCCAGUUUAUUGGCAACUCCCUCAACGUUUUUCUGGAGACAAAGUUAGUAUAAAAACACAAUUAUUUUAAGAACCCUAAGUUCUGAUUUGUUUUAAUUAGGUACUUUCAUAUGGUGGUUUUAUACGAUUCACCAUUGACGCUGAAGGAGGAAACACACUUUUCCCUCAAUUUAUUCUUACUUCAUACCCAUUGAUUCAAAUUCAAGGAAAUGAUCACAUAAUAUUAGAACAUUUUCCACAAAGUAUCAAUGCGGGAACAAGCCAUCAAGUAAGGUAGAGUAAAUAUAAAAUUAUAAAAUAUCUAUCAACCAAAAUACCACUAAAAUAAAAAAAAUAAAUAGGUUACACGAGUCUUUAUGGCAAGUUAAAAAUAAUCCAAGUGCCAAAGUAGAUCGAGAAACACUUAUGCUUGCUUUACAAAAUAUAAAAUAUAUACUCAUCAGGGCCACCGAUUCAGUUGAUUUUACCCGGGCAAUGUAAGUAAUAUAAUAUCUAAAAUCACUUGUUCACUUACAUAAUUUAUUUUUCCAGUUUAAAAGAUGUUACUUUGGAUACUGCUACAAUGGCUCCGAAAAAAACAAACCACUUAACCACUUCACAGAUAGUUGAAGUAUGCGAUUGUCCACCAGAGUAUAAUUCUUCUUCCUGUCAAGAUCCAAGUUUGGGAUAUUUCCGUUACUACAACAGUUCAGUUAGUGCUACGAUAAUAAUACAGACUGUUGGGGAAGCUCGUCAAUGUGAGUGCAAUGGAAGAUCAACUAUCUGUAACAUAGACACUGGAGAUUGUGAAGUAAGUCUAAUACACAAUUAUUUUUUCCGAGUAUUAACAAAUAAAAAAUAUGAAUUGUUCAGGACUGCUCACAUAAUACUGGUGGUGCUCAUUGUGAAAAGUGUGCAGAAGGGUAUUAUGGAGACCCGACUACUGAUGGUUGUAAAGCAUGUUCCUGUCCAUCAGUUACAAAAAAUUUUGCCCAAUCAUGUGAAACCGAUUUUGAUGGAAAACUAAUUUGUCAUUGCAAACAAGGCUAUAAAGGAUUAAUGUGUGAUCAGUAAGUGUCCAUUGUAUUUAUAAAUAAUAUCUGUAGUUUAAAUAAGUUAUAAUAUGUUAAAUUGCAGAUGUGAAUAUGGCUGGUUUGGAUAUCCCCGAGAAGAAGGAGGCAAAUGUGAACCAUGCCAUUGUAACAAAUUUGGCAUAGUAAGUGAUGAAUGUGAUGAAGAGACUGGCCAAUGUAACUGUAUGCCAAAUAUAACUGGUAGAGAUUGUUCAGUUUGUCAAGAUAAACAUGUUUUAACUAGUAAAGGAUGUACUUGUAAGUUAAUACCUAUAGUACUAUUUGUACUAUUUAUAGAAAUUAAAAAAUUCCAAUUUAUUUAUUUUUUUGUUUAUCUUGUUUUAAAAAAAAUUUAGCUUGCGAAGAUAAAUGCAUUGACACAAUAUUGAAUCAUGUUUCUGAGCAAAUUAAAAUAUUAAAUGAAACCACUCUUCAUCUUACUGAAGGAAUGAUAUCUCCUCCGUGGUCUCAGUUAACAUUAAUUAAAAACAAUGUGUCAUUUUUAAACAGCAUGUUAAAUAUUUCAACCCUAGCAAAUCUAAAACUAAUUAAUAUUUCUGAUGAAGUAGAACAAAAUCUUAAAAAAAAAUUUAAAUAUGCUUAUGUUAAGGUAAGUCAAACAUAAGACUUUAAGUAACCUAUGCAUAUAUUAUAAAACAAACUUUGUUUAUUUUAUAGGCUAAAAAACUGUUAAAAUCAUCUCAAAUUAAUGAAAAUGAAGUGAACCCUCUUCGAGAAUCAGCUGAAAACGAAUUAGCCAAGAGUGUAACUCUAGAAAGAGAAGUUGAUGGUAUGUAUACUUACUACUGAAAAUAAAAUAAUAAUUAACCAAAAUAAUAAAAUAUAAAAACAUAAGCAAUACCUAUAUUCGUAUUAUAAUAAUGAUUUAUAAAAAGAUAGAAAUAAAUGUAACAAUACAAGUGUAAUAAAUUUUACUUACAAAUAAACUAUUAUAUAUAUUUUGUAUGUUACCCUAAAAGUAAGAAUAUCAAUAAAAUCUCAGUUUUCUGACUACUAUUAGUAAAUAUUCGGGUUAUCGGACAUUUACCAAUUGAUUUCAGUAAAACCUAUGAUAUACAUAUACAAAAUGGUUUGGUCGAAUCUCCGAUGAUUUUUGUCGUCAGAACUUUUACAAAUAAGAUUAGGAAAUCUUAGGAUAAACAACAUCUAUGUUGGUAAAAGCACUACAUUUCAUUUUUUUUUCUACUCAUCAUGUGGAUUUUUCCUUGCUUUAUAUAAGUACUCAAAUAUUAUUACAAUAUUAUAUAAUAUUUAUAAGUUUAUAUUACUAUUAAAUAUUACUACACAAAUUGAUAAUUUUAUUACCUAUUGGUAUAUUAUUACAAUAUUAAACAUAAUAUAUUUAUUACAAAAAUUAUUAUUUAUUUAUACAGCCUUUACUACUGUAGACUCUUAAAUUACAUACCAAAUACAUUUUUCGAUGGAUAUUUUCAUCAACCAAACUAUUUUAUGUAAGUUUAAGUUUCACUGAAAUUAAUUGCCUAAAAUUCGAACAUUCGAAAUUCGGAUUUCGGACAUUUAACGAACAACAAUAGGAUCGACUAGUAAAUCCUGAGUUUGACCGGUAUUCUUACUUUCUUUUGUAACACAAUACAGAAAACGAUAAUGAAUACAUUAUCUAAAUAAGAUGAACACUAUCCAGACCUACUUAUCGGAUAAAGGAAAACAAUUAUUUAUAAAACUUUUAUUUUGUAAAUUAUCAAGGUUAUUUAUACAUUCUCUACCUCUGAGUGUGUAAGGUGCAUAAGUAAUUUGAUAAAAUGUAGGUACCUACGAUAAAAUAACGAUUGUAGAUUAUUAUUAUUAUUGUUUUUUUUUGAUGAACCAUACGCAAUAAUAUUUAGUUUAGUCCGUCUCAAUCCACUUGUAGUAUGUAGGAACAUAUUUUUAAAAUGUACAAGUUAUUUGUUUACUAAUGUUUCUAUACAUUUUUUAAAAGAUAAAAAUCAUAAUUCAGUAUAUAUAUAUAUAUCAUCAGUUAAAGCAAUGACGUAUUUGUGAGGAGGGAUGGGCGUAUCGCCUCCUCCUUGUAAUUUUUUAGCCAUGAUUUUUUAAUCACCUAUAGGUUAUAAAAUAAUAUAGUAUUUAUACUCAUGAUAUUUAUUAGUUCUCGGCUAUUUUAUUAGCGUUGCCAGUAGUGAUUAUGAUAUAGGACAAUUUUUGUCUAUAACACAUAGGGGUAGGUAUCGAUGUAGAAUCUAGAUGUCCAAGCAGUAGACAUAGAUCUCAAAACACGAAUUGUCAGCGAUACUUGAUCAAACAUGUUGACUCGAAAUGUCAUAAAUCAUAUGUCAGCUUUGCCCGAACAAACCUAACAGUGACCAACUUCAAUAUUACAUAUCAUUCAUUAAGUAUCUACAAGGACAAAAUUAUAUUUGUUUGUUUGUUACUAAAUAUACACAUACACUUAUUGGAACUAUGGCAUUUGGAACAACAAAUAAUAUUUGUUAUUUACAUUUACGUUUAUAUUGUAAUAAUAUUAUUAUGUUAGAGUAUUGUCGUAUUAUUAAAAUAAUUAAUAUAUAUUUCUUUUUAAUUUUGAAUAAAUUUUGUCAGUAUAAUGCCAAAUAUGUUUUUAGAUUAUUAGAAUAAAAUUCUUAAAAUCAACAUUAUACCUAAUAUCUAUAAUAGUUCAAAAAUGGCACAAAUGUUUUUAUAUUAUUAUUAUAAUUUUUAUUUUUAUAAAUUAACUCAAAACAAUUUUAAAAAUACAUUACUAAUACAAUCUACUCAUCAUGAAUAUAAGAAAUAUUAAUUGCACAUAGAUAUUACCCUCAUAUUAUGAUCAGUUUUGAUUUUUUAUUUAAUUGUGUAUUAAAUACAUAUGAAUUAAACAUCGAUAAUAAAAAUUAGUACCUAGGUACUAGGUAGGUGGUUUAAUGCUUUCUUUAUCUUUAAAAUAAUAUGCGAUAACUGUCAAUUUUUCGAGUCAACUUGUUGUUACCUAUUUAAAAUUUUAAAAAAGAUAUAUUACAGUAUUUUUUUUCCUGCAAUAAUUAUUAAAAUUGCAAAAAAUGUAGGCCAUUAAAAACGAAUGCAAAUAUCAUAAUAUAACCGAUACACGCUUUAUAAUUUCGUACUGCACUCCUAGCAUUUUAUAUACACAAAGUGUGUCUACAUAUAAGUAAUUAACAUAAAAUUAAGAAAUAAGAAGUUUGGUCGUACCACACAAAAUUUUAACCCCUGGUUCAAAUAAUAAUAAUAUUUGUCGACAUCUAAUAUCUUGCCUAUAAACGGAUUACAAAAAUGCGUUGCACCAUCUAACAGAUAAAUUAGGCACUAAUGUUUAUAGCACUAUAUUUUCAUAUUAUGCAAACGUUAUCAAUUCCCGUUUUGUAUCGUGUUUCAAACUUGAUAACUUGACAGUAUCUCUCUCAUAUAUAUUUUUGAUUUUCUUGAUUUAUAAAAUGUGUUUUGAGUGAGAAUAUUAUUUUAAAUCAUUGUCGCACAUACGAGUAUUUGUAUGAUAUAACCGAACAAAAGUCGCAAUCAUUAAGUUGAUUGUUUUUUUUUUUGAAUUCAAAUUAAAAUUUUUGAAUUUGGUUGAAUUAAAAUUUCCCAAACCCGCUUAAUCAAUCAUAAUCUAGUAACUAUACAAAUCACGAGUAGGUAAUUGGUUUUCUGGAUUUUCAUUUAUAUACAUUAAAAUUAGUUCCAUUUUUUUUUUGUUAUGUUCAAGGUUGGAACAAAAACUUACUAUAAUUGAUGUAGAAGACACGUAUUUUAUUUAUAACAAAAAUUAAUUGAUUUCCUAUUUAUUAUAUUAUGUGUUUACGAACUAUGUAAAUUAAUUCUAUUUCGGGUGUGUACUAUAAAUUUUAAUCUAAAAUUAUCAGAUAAUACUAUUGUAGGUGCAGAGUUUGAACGAUAGGGAUGAUAUAGCACUUUCCCGUAAAAUAAUAAUAUGUAUAGAUACUAGUUAUUUUAUAAAUUUAAAUUAUACAUUUUAAGAAUUUGUUUUAUUAUUAAUAUCAUUUUUGUUGUUCUACUUUUUUUCUGUCAUUCAUAUACCUUUUUCUUUCUUGUUUUUAUUUUUAUCAAUGCAUUACUCUAUAUCUCAACAUAAGCUUAGAGAAAUAGAUAAUCGUGUAAAUUAUGUAUGUAUUGUCUUAUUAUGUAACGUAUGAUGAUUAAAGGAAUUGAUAAAGCAAUUCAGCUAAACAUGUUUUAAAAUAAUUUGUGUAAAAAUUUUAACAUAAAACUCUUAAAAAAAAACUACAUUACAUUCAAUGUUUUUUUUUUCAACAACUCAUAUCUAACCUUUUUUUGGGUGGGGAGAAUUUUAAAGUUUAAACUAAUUUUAACCCCCCCCCCCCUUAAAAUUAAAAUUUUAACCUCCAUUCGGGCAGUUCUUACAACUUUCUAUUGCCAAUAAAUAUUUUUCAAUAUUUGUUCAUUAUAAUUUAUUGAUUUUAAGUUUUUUUUUUAGAACUAGUUAAUAGUUUACAAAGCUAUAGUUUUGAAGAUAGAUCUCAUUUAAAUAUAAUAAGUACUAUGCGAGAAGCCAAAAAUUAUUUGAACAAAAUAAACAACAUUGAAUUUGGACCUUCAGUUGAACCCAAAGCAAUAUUGAAGUACUUAUUUAAAUUAAAUACGCAUUUGUAUUACUUUAUAAUUAUACAACUAUAUAUGUUUAUAUUUGUUUACUAGAAUUUGCUCAGAUGCAAUGAAAAAUCUACAGCUAAAUAAUGUAAGCCAAGCCCAAACCAUAAGUUUGCGACAUAAAUUUGAAAUCUUAUUAAAUCAAGUGAAGGAUUUUGAUACAAUAUUAUUGAAUAUUUCUGAUACUUCAGAAAUUGUAAGUAUAGUAAAAUUAAAUUUUAAAUGUAUUUUAUUUAUUUUAUAACUCAAUUAUUAAUUAGGCAUUGCAGUUAAAACAGAAAAAUUUGAAAUCAUUAUAUGGCAUUAAUAAAAAGAUAGAAAACAUAAAUAACCUCGAUUUAACAUUCAACACAGUUCAAGGUGAAAUAGAAUCAAUUGUGAAAGAAGUUAAAGAAAAUUAUUUGUCAACUUUAAAUAAUUUUGAGGUAUCUACUACAAAAGAUAAGUUUUUGAAAUUAUAAUUGACCAUUUAAUGUAUUUCUUUUUAGGAAUUAUUAUUAAUUAAACCAAAAGUUGAUAAUAUCAAAAGAAAUUUUAAUAAAGGAAAAGAUAUUGACCAUCAAAUUGAUGAAAAUCAACUUUUGGUAAAUUCAGCUGAAUCACAUGCUAAUUUUCUUCUACAAAGUGCUCAAAAAUAUGCAGAGUAAGAAUUGUUUUAUAUUUUUGUUACUGUGACAGGUACAUUAAUUAUUUAUUAUAAUUAUUUAGGUUAUUUAAGCCAGUAAGACACGAUGCAAAUGUUGCACUUGAAGCAAGUAAUGCUUAUUUAAAUAUUGUCGAUUCUCUUCAAUUAGCUAGGAAUGCAGCAAUUAAUGCCAGUAUACUAGCUGAUGCAUCAUUCCAAAUAGUAAGUUUUAAAUAAUAAUUUAUUAAUAAAUUUAAGCUCAGGUUAAUUUGAUAAAUAAUAACAAGUUGUAUUUACCUACUCAAAUACUUUAAAUUUUGGAUUUACUAGAUCAAAUAAGUGCUCUAAGCAAUUGUUUUAAUUUCAUGUGGAUUAUGUUAUACUUGAAUUUAAAAAUAAAUUGGUUUUUAUCUUUAUUUAAUUUUAGGCAUACCCCGGAGUAUAUCAAGAAUCAUUAAUUGAUAAAGCAAAAACUGCUGAAGAGUUAUCUAAACUUACAUAUAAAAGUACAAUGGAUACUAAAAAUAUUGUUGAUUCACUACAGUCAGAUUAUGACAUACAAAUAGAGGAUACUGAAACCAUAAAAAAUGAAAUGAAACAAAUUGUAAAAAAUGAUAAUAUAAUUUCAAAACAAAUAACAGAACUUGAACAGUCUGAAGGUAUAAUUAAAUUUACAAUUAUGAAGCAUAUUAAUAAUUUUUAUUAUCAUUAUGAAUAAAACUUUUCUAAUAAAGUGUUUUCAUAAAUGCUAAUUUUUGAAAUUAUAUUUAACAAUUAAACAUACCCUUGGGACUUGUAAAAUUUCCAAAUUAUUAGUUUAGGUACCUACUUCACAAGUCUAUUAUGCAUUAUUAUUAAUUUCAAUGUAAUUUUCUGUUUUCAAUUGAAUUAAAAUCUGUAGAUCAAAACCAGUGUGGGACAAUAUCACCUGAAUGGGACCUAACCAUUUUGCUACUUCUGAAACUUAUUGACAUACAUAUUUAUUCAUGAUAUUAAAUAAAUAUCAAUUUUCAUAGUUACUUUUCAAUAUUUAAAUUUUAUUGUUAUUUAAUUGUUAUUACUAUCUUUUUUUUAUAAUUUACUGAUUCAACUUAGUUGUAAUUAAUGUAAAUAACAUAAUUUUUUUUUAUAGACAUUAAUAAAACACUUUUCUAAAGUAUUCUGAAUAAAUAUUUAAAUAGGAACAAAAAAAUAUCUAUUUUCUGCUUGAGUAACUAAUUAUGCCUUCAAUGUUGCUUACAGUCAUUUUCAUCUGCACUGUUCUAAGAAUACACACUGAGCUUCCACAAUUUCUUUAUUUUAUGAGGGUCUCUCACUGUUUUCUUCCUCCAUCAGUGUCAGCCUGUUCUUUGAGGAUUCAAAAUCACAUUACAGAUAACCUCUUGUUUCAAAUAAUCCAAUUGAUUUGUAUUGUUUUAAUUUACUGCUGGACCAUAAUGGGACAUUUUGUUUCAAUUAUGGGAUUGUAUUAAUUAUCUGUGUUUCUAAUAAGUGGCUUCUAUUGAACUUUUCAAAACUAUUCAGAAUACAGUAUUAAAUAGAAACACAGUAUUUCUAGAAAAAAGUAUAUUUAAAAUAUUUACUUUAUUCAGAAUAAGACUAAUAUCUAUCCUUUCCGAACAAAUAUUAUGUGUUUUUCAUUCAAUCAACAUAUCAAAAAUGUAGAUUACAGUAGGUAAAUUUGUAUAAUAUAAUAGUAUUUAUAUAAAUUUAUUUUUAUGUAAAGGAAUGAACAUGGAAUUAAAUAACAAAGAAGAUAUUGAUCCCUUAGUGAUAUCAUCAAUUAAUACCGAGACUAAAAUUAAUAACAUUCGAAAUAAUAUUGUAAAGAAAUUACGCCCAACUUUAAUUCAAUUAAAUGAAGAAGGAGAACCUAGUUUAGCGAUAGCACAAGAUAGAAGUAUAAUGCUACCAACAAACUUUUUAAAUUUAAUUAUUAAAAUAUUAAUUUAUUAUAUCAUAGUCGAAGAAAGUGAAGAAAAUGGAAAAAAAGCCAUUGAUAUGUUGGGCAAAGUUAUUAAAUCUUCUGAAGAUUUUAGCAAAAAAGUAACUGCUUGGAAUCAUUCUAUGAUUAACAAACUAGAAUCUCUAAGGAAUAAAAUAACAAAAGCACAUCAAAUUGCAGAUGGGGUAAGUUUUAUUCAAAUAAUGGUUUUAAUUAAAAUUUCAAUAAAUUAUUUUUAUUUUUAGAUCCGAAUAUCCAUAUCAGGUCAAGAAAAUGAUACCAACAAUGCUUGUAUACGUACAUAUCAACCAAAAUUUUUAGAACCUAGCACCAGAACUACAAUUGUAUUGUCAUAUGCUAUAAGUUCAAAUGAAAGGGAUGCUUUGCUAUUUUAUCUAUCAAGCAAAACAACAGUAUGUCAACCUUAGUCAACUAAUAUUAAUUAUUUUUUCUUACUAUAAAAUAAUUGUUAUAUAUCAGGGAGAUUUUGUUGCAAUUGAAAUGGUUAACAGAAAAAUACGGUUUGUUUGGGAUGUGGGUGGCGGAAUUGGUGAAAUAACGCACCCAAUGCAUAUUCAAACCGCUAGUGAUCUGAACAAUGACCAGCACUGGUAUAGAAUUGAAGUAGAAAGAGUUCACAACCUAGGUAAAUUAUUGAUCAGACCUGAAGUUGUGCCUAGUGGAUCAUCUCUGGCCAUGGGCUCCCCACACACAAACAUGUCCAGCACAGGAAUGGGCCGUUUGGAUAUAAAUUCUGAUGAUCAGAUAUGGAUUGGAGGAAUAGACAAGGCACCCCUACCUCCCUACUUACAUUCUAGACAACAUGGAUUAAUAGGUUGUUUACAUCAAGUAUGGCUUGAUGGUCGACCAGUCGGUCUGUGGAAUUUCAAAUCUCAACCAUCCGGAAAUUGCUCUGCUUGUAUUGAAGGGUAUAUUUAAAUUUAUUUUUUAAUAUUAUAUAGACGUUUUAAUUUAUCUAACUAUUGGCUACAUUAUUUAUUUAUAAAUAUUAAUAAUUUAGGGCAGAAGAGUUGAUCAAUGAUGGUUCCUAUAGAUUUUUAGGGGAUGGCUACGCUGUGUUACAUUAUGACACUACAACUACAUACAAUAAGUAUUUAUUCAGUGUUUCACUGAAUUUCAAAACAUUUGAUGAAAGAUCUCUUAUAUUUCUUGUUGAAGGUUCACAGCCUGUAAGUAGAAUAAUUUCUUGUAAAAUACAUAAUAUUAUUUAUUUAUAUUAUAAAACUAAUUUUGGUAUAGGACCAAUAUAUUGAAAUAAGACUACAUGAUGGCAAAGUUGUGUUCAGAGUUAGUUAUUCUGGUUACUCUCUUCUUGAAAUAUCAACAACAAGUAGAUACAAUACUGGAAGUUGGACUAAAUUAGAAGCCACUAGAUACUUUGAUAGAAAAAAAAAAUUAGAAAAAGGUAAUUAAAAUGAAGCUUUUGGAGUUUAUAGAAGCAUGCAAUUUUAUUAGUACACACAUUUAACUAGUCUUAGUUAUAAUAUAAUAUAAAUAGUCCUAACUAUAAUUUCAAGUUUAAAUUUAAUAGAACUAUUAAUAUAUUUUCCCCUUUUUAUUAUAGCUUUAUUUAUAAUCUGUAUUUAGGUAAUAAAAAAGGCAAAUGUGAUAUACCAUACAAUUACAGUAAAAGGUCCAUUGGUGGCACCUCUAAACAAAUUCAAUACUAAUAAUAUUUUAUUUGGCUAUAGGAGUUUUAAAAGUAGGAGGAGAAUCAAAAGAAGGUGUCCCAUCUCCACCGCCAAAUCAAAAUGAUAUCCCAGAUUUAUCAGAAUCAGAAUAUAUGAUUGGUGGUAUUACUCCUGGCUUUAAAUCAAUAAAUAGUUUGCCCAAAUCUUUUUUGGGCUGUAUGUCAGAUAUCCAAAUAGCUCAACAAGGAUAUGAUCCAAUGAAAGGAAUCUCUUGGGGUGUUCAACCUACUUGUUCAGAUAAAGUAUAUUUAUCCUUUAUUUAAAUUGUUGCUUUAAUUUACUGAUAAAUACUUUAAUCAAUAUUAUAGCCAUUAACUGUAGUGGGAUUUUAUGGAAAUGGUUAUAUAGAACUAGUAUCACACACACUAAAAAAGAAAGCAUCAUUUGGGUUCAUGUUUGCUACAUUACAACAAGAUGUACUUUUAAUGUUAUCUAUUACAGAAUCAGUUAAUGUAAGUAUUUGUGGAACUUAUAAAUCUUAUAUAUUUCUUAUUAUUACAAAAUAACUAAUAUUUUAGUCUGGAGUUACCAAUACAAGUGACAAUCCUGAAGAAAUAAAUAAUAAUAUAGACCAAGAAGUAAUUAUUAUUAUACUGCUUAAAAAUUAUGAAAUGAAUCCUAAAUGUGAUUAUUUUUUUCAGAACAAGCAAAAUUACUAUUCUGUCAGUUUAAGACGUGGUCAAGUAGAUAUCCGAAUAAAUGCAGGUCGUGGAGAAGUUAGGCUUGCUAGUGAAGGUUUUGAAUUUGGGGAUGGCAAGUAUCACUCUAUCAUGGUGACCAAAAAUGGAAAGAAAUUAGAGCUGCGUAUUGACGAUGUUCUACAUUCAUUCUCCUCCCUGCCUGAAGGAUCAAAUAUUGUCAAGGCACCUGGCACAGCUGGUGGGCUCUUCUUAGGAGGGUUGCCAAUUGAAAUAAAUACUACUGGAAAAGCGGUAUCUAGUAUUCCAUUAAUUGGUACUAUUAAAGAUGCCAUAUUCAAUGACCAGUAAGUAUAAAAUGUAUAAUGAUAUCUAUUAAGGAUUAGGAUGAAUAAUAAUGUUCAAAAAAAUAACCAUGUUUUAGACUUUUGUAUUUUGAUUCACCUAUUGAAUUUGAACAUACAGCUAUUGGUCAAGUAGGACCAGUGCCAAAAACUGACAACAAUGUAUUCAGUGAAAUUGCUUCGAUGACAUCUGCUGAAAAAUCAGUUGGUUGUGUAAAAGAAGGAAGUUUUUCACUCGAACCUGGUGCAGUGAAAUUCGGAGAUAAUUUGCACAGUUAUGUACAUGUUACAUUCCUUAAACGUCACAAUAUGCAAAAAAAUUUCAAAAUGGACUUUAGAUUCAGAAGCUUCUUUCCGAAUGGGCUGAUAUUUAUGAUGAUAGUAAAAUAACAACUAUUUUAUAUUAUAAUUUGUAUUAGGUAAAUAAAAUUUAAACUGUAUUUUAUAUUAUAUAUGGUCUUUAGGGAACCAGAGGGAAACAGACAAAUUAUAUGAUGAUGCAUUUGUACAAUGGUCGUAUACAGUUAGUUCUGAAAACACGAAAAAGACUUGAAAUUUCAACUCAAGCUGUUUUUAAUGAUGGAAUAUGGCAUAAGGUAAGUAACACAUAUAAUCAAAUAUUUCUUAUUAAUUACUAUUGAUGUUUAAUGUGAUUUAUAUAUAAUAGGUUCAAGUGAUAAAAGAGAACAAGACAUUGAAUUUUUUGGUCGAUUCGAUUCCUCAAGAAAAAUUUAAUUUAACAAAAAAAUUAAGCUUAGGCAAUACUAUGUAUGUGGGUGGUAUUCCAGAAAAAGAUAUCCAGAUACCCGAAUCGUUGGUAUGAAAAUUCUAAAUUAAUUGUAUACAUUCUCUUUUUAUUAAACAACUUUUUCAAUAGAAUGUCCAAGCAUUCAGAGGAUGCAUGCAAGGUUUUUCGAUAAAUCAUCAAGAAGAAGAACUGAUAAGUGAAAAAGCAAUACGUCAUAAAGUUGGGCAAUGUUUUCCUCAAGUCGAAAAAGGUUCAUUUUUCCCUGGUGAUGCAUACGCUAUUUACAGUGAGUAAUUCAAGUCAAAUAAAUUAUCAUAAAAUGUUAGAAAAUGGAUAAAACAAACCAGACCAUAUUACUACUAAAAGUCAAAGGCCUAAGGCCUAAGGUUCUUAAAUAACCUCAGUAGUAUAUUAAUAUACUGUACUCUGUUCUGCUUGUUAUACUCCAUCAAUAUGUAUAAACAAGUGUAUCAAAAAAUCUACCUCCAUUCCAUUGCUUGGUUUGCUCAUGUUGAAAUUGUAAUAAAAAAUAAACCCAUUAUGCAAAUCCACAUCAAGUAUAUUAUAGGAGAAAAAACAAAAAAAAAGUGUACCAAUCAAACCCAGUACCUAGGCAGUAGAUAUCGUUGAACAGUCACUGUGAUUAUCCACUAAGACACCAUUAAUGUUCUGUUAAUAGGCCACGGAUAAUUAAUAAAAAAAAAAGAAUGUAUACUAGAGGUAGUCAACUUUAAUAGACAUGUGCUCAACCUCUGAAUUUUCCCAGGUUGUGGCAAUCUACAAAAAAAGAAGCGAUAAACAAAAAUAUAUUAUAAAAAUAAAUGCGUGUUACACUUCUUUUAUAACUUUUAUUUAGAAUAUAAAUUAGGUACCUAUUAAUAACAUUUAAUUUCACAGUUUUACACAAAAUAUAUUUUAAUAUAUUUAAUUUCAACUUCUUAAUUUUAGCUUAUUAUUAUUGUGUUUAUUUAAUUAUUCAUUGCUUGCAUUUGAUUUGAUAAUUUCACAAAAUCUGGGUUGCAUGGUGACAAAGAUAAUCACAAGUUAUCAGUCAACGACUGUCACGACAGUCAACCACGCUAGUCAACUUUCGUUCAUGACACUCACGAAAGUGUGAAUUGAUGAAACGUUCGCAAGGUUUUGGGUUCGUGCCGUUCACACCUCGUGUUACGACUUAGUCACUAUCGAAACAUCGAUCAUGAAUGAUUGCUGGUUGUUGAAAGUUGUGCUGUUUUAAAUUCGUUUUUUGCUACUAUCUUAACAAAAAAGAUGGAGCACUUUUAGGUCACAAUUACAAGAAAACGAAAUAAAGACCGUUUUAGGUUAGAUAAUGGAUAUAGCGAAGAAACAUGUUAGGAGCUUCUUAAAUUUUUGAAUUUUGAUAUAACUUCUUUUGGUCCAAGUUCAGGAAUAUUUAAUUCAUGAAUUAUUCUCUUAGCUGUGGCUGCACGUAAAUCUCUAUCACGGUAUUCCUCUAAAGUUGGGUAAUAUAACACCUUUUCCAUCGAAUACAACUGCAAAAAACGCGUAGUUUCACUGUCGCUAAACUUAAUAAUUCCGCGUUGUCGUGACGACAUCUUGGCUUCACAAAUGGUAUAUCACGACUGAAAAUCAAACACGUUUGAUCUAUUCACGCUUGGGUCAUGCGCCGUUCCUCACGAAAGAAAGUUUUUUUUAAAGACUAUGCGUUCACACAGAAGUGUAUUUCAGGAAAGUGUGGUUGACUGUCGUGAUUAACGCCUCGUGGGAACGCCCCAUUAAUGUGAUGAUAUAUACUCUCGUUUUUCAUAUAAAAUAAUUAUUUUAUGUGUAUGACCAAAACUCCGUGAAGUGUUAUCAUAUUUUAGUAUCAAUAAAUAUCUCACCGUCGAAUAUUAUAUAUUUUGUAUAUAGGUAUUAUAUUCUCAUCAUACUUGUAAAUUUAACAAAGAAACAGAAUUCAUUAUACAUUUUACUAUUGCCUAUUUAUUUGUGGUUAGCACAAAAAGUUGUAGUCACUAUAAUAGUUCUUUUUAUAAGCGUUUUAAGUCAAAACAUGUAUAACUGAACAUUGCUCAGAUUCUUAAUUUUUCAGCAAUGAUUUAUAAUUGUGUACAAAUAUACAUUAACUUACUUUAAUUAUCCUACCUUCCUAACUUCCUACCCAUAAUAUUGGUUCACCUUUCAGUUAUAUCAUCUUGUUUUUUUUUAAUUGGUAAAAUAAACAACACUCUACAGACCACACCCAAUUUUCAUUUGAUUUCAAAUAAUGAUUAAAAAAAAAAGUUAAUAAUUGACCUUUAAAGGUGUAAGUAUUUGAUAUCAAAAUAAUGAAAAACAGUCUAAUGUGGUCUGGUUAGAUUAGGUUUGAGGUCUGUAGGGAACUUCCAAGUUAUAAUAAUAAUCACAAUUGGACCACUAUUCGUGGCAUGUGAGUUUUUAUUAUAAGACAUGUUUUUGAGUCAAUAAAUCAAUAAAAUUAUAAUAAUAACAAUUUUCAAAUUUUAUCAAAUUUGUGGAAUAUUAUCUGUGAAAAUUGAUAUGACAGUGAAAUCUAAGUAUUGAUUUUUAUUGAAAAGUCAAUGUUAAUUUGUAUUUUUACAGAAAACAAAUUUUACGUGGGUGCAUUAUUAGAGUUGUCAUUAGAGUUAAGGACAACACAAACCACUGCGGUUCUAUUAUCAGUUUCCGAACCAGAAGGCUACCCAGCAUUAUCACUGGAACUGAACCAAGGUAAAGUCAUAAUAUCUGGAGAUAUGGGUGACCGCAGACCAUUCCGGGUCGAACAGAGUUUCCAAUCAGAAUUUGCGAUUUGUGACAACAAGUGGCAUCAGAUUCAAGCUUUCUAUGUUGAGGAUAAACUUACCUUGAAGGUUGAUCAAUUUGAACAGAAAUAUUGGCUGCUUGACAAUGGGCACAUUACCGGUGCGCGUACACAUAGUCCUCUUUACAUUGGUGGACUACCAGGUAAAUAUGCACACACAGUUAAAUAAUAUAACUUUAGUCGAAGCCGGAAUCAUAAAAUUUCUUAACUCUGAUUAUAAUAUUAAUCAUGUCGAUCUAUAAGAACAAAAUUAAUAAAUAUUUCUUAACACUUCUUAGUCAAUGCAGUCUACUUUAAUGAGGUAUUAUUUGAUGAAAUCUCAUAUAAGGUACGUGCUUGAAGGUACUUCCUAUUGUAAAACUAUGAUUUUUUUCGGAAAGCAAACUUUAAGCAACAAAGAUUAUCCAAAAUGUUCAUAAAAAUGCAUAAAAAUACCUAAAAGUAAUGCUUAAUUGAUUAGACACAUGUUUUAUCAACCAUGUUUAAUAUGUAUAUAAUGAAAUAGGUAUAAAGGUGUAUUUAGGUAUAUAGGUGGAUUAUCUAUAGCUACUAUGAUAGUACAUUAAGGUAUCUCAAUUAAAAUACUUUACUUACUACUAAUAUACUACAUUUCCACUGUAUUUAAAUAUAUUUACUUAUUAUUUAGACACAGCUUCUAGUGGUACUUUGGGAACAAGAGAAAACUUCAAAGGAUGCAUAAGAAAUCUCAUCAUUGGGGGUGAACGCACAGACUGGACUGACAUGGCGGGUCUUCACAACAUACUGUUAGGUUCAUGUCCAUUGAUAGUCCACUAAAACUACCUACCUAAAUAAUAGUAUAUUUAAGUAUUUUCGUUAUUAUCAUAGAUCAUUGUCUUAAAGUAUAAUGAUGCAAUUAUUUUACCUAUUUUAUAUAAUAUAUUAUAAGAUAAAUCAUGUCUAUCCUAUUUUUACAUUGUUGUACCUUCAAGGUACCUAAUUUCCGGAGACUGUGCUUUCCCAUUUUGUAUGACAGAUUUGACUAACAUAAUAUUAUAAUUAUUUAUUUUUUGUACUGUAAAUAAUUUUACCAUUUUUAAAUCAAAAAUAUUAUAAUAAUAGUAUUUAUAUAAGUAUGUUUAUGUUAAAGAUACAUAGUAUAUAUUUUUUUACUCGGCAUAUCCACCCUUACAUAUUGUUUAUAAUAUUCCUUUAUUGUAUUUUUACUGUUUCGACCAUUGGUAUACUCACAGAGGGUAUAUUUUUUUAAUUUGUAUAUGAUAAUUGAUAAUUAUACUUACUUAAGUAAUGAACAAAUUAAUUCAUUUUUUGUAUGUAUAAGUACUACCUAUCCACUGUGUAUAUAUUGUAUAUUUUACUAAAACUGCAGAAAGCAUUGACAUUUGCUUAUUUUAUCAAAUCAUAAUAAAUAAUAUGGUACCUGUUUAUAUACCUUUUUUUAAAAAACAAUGUAAAAAUAAGUUUAAACUUAGAAAAACUGACUUUAAAUAGAUAUUUCAAAAUAAGUAAAUCAAUGUUUUUAACAAAAUUAAUUAAAUUAUGUAAAUUUUAAUAAUAUAAAUGGAACCAAUUG